GAGCUCUCUGUGCUCUCUUUGUCUGUUUACAGUCUCAAUGGCGGAAGUCACUUCAUUUCGUAAGUUUUUGUUAAUUAUUUACACAAACAAACAAUGAAAAUUUAAAUUAGUUCAGUCAUUAUAAUAGUCUUGUAACGCGGUGUCCACGGGUGUGUCAUUUUUGCCAGGAUAGCGUGUUUUUUACCUGUAAGCGGUACAUGCGCGUGCAGCUGUGUGCAUCACUCCCCCUGUCAGAACUGCAGAGGAGAUUUAAGAGCUGAGAGAGUGAGGGGAAAAACUGAUGAUCGGAAUGAUCGAGUCCGAGUUUUAAAGGAGUUCGUGCCACGGAAAACUCAUUAGAGUCGGGUAAUGUUAAAGCAGCGUUUGAUUCCCAUAUUUGGUUAUGUUUCCGGCUAUAAUUAGAGUGAUACAACAUCAGCUGCUGAUCUUAAACGCACAAAAAUUCGACCAUAUGUCCAAAUAAUCAACAUGUGGUCGAUUAUUUCUGCAGAUGAAUAGACAAAAUGUUUAUUUGUGGUCGACUUUUGACAGUGCUAGGGAUGCACUUGCAGCUAAUUAAAAAAAACAUACAAAAAGUAAUUGUAGUCCCAAUUUUUAAGGAUACUAACCGCUGUAAUAACCCGAUAAUACACUAUAAUAAUGCCUCAAAUAAAUACUUUUUUUUUUUUUUUUGUUAUGUCUUGUUCUUGAACAGAAAUGCAUUAAGUUUAUUUCCUUUUUUGGGGAACAGUUUUUGAGAACAAAAGCUUACACUAUUCCAUCAAUGCGCCUCAAAUUAAAUAAUUUGCCUAUAAAAUAUCAUCAAGUAUUACUAAACUACUUUGACUGACAUAUUACUGACUGAAAUCCAAAUGUGGUAGGGUCAAUAGAGUGGAAAAUGUGGUUAAACAUUCUUCAGGGAAGGAAUUCUGUUAAAGGUUAGAUAAGAGUGAGUUAUUUUUGUGGCAGCUGCAGGCAGGAUACGCUCAUGUCUUUCUUUUUCUUGUUAGAUCGUUGUAUUGUUAAGCUUUAAAGUGAACAGGAAGAAUAUUAGACAAGGAUUUUGUGGUUAUAUGCUUUUGAUGAUUAUGUUAGUUUCAUUCUGGUAGAGGUAGAGGCAGAAAACUUAACUUUAUAAGGACUUAAUAAAGCUCACUUCUAAAAGUCAAACUGACAUUUUGUUUUUCAGUGUUUUUUUUUUUAAUUAAACAGUUGUUUACAGAUUAUUCCAGAUUUCUUAUUAUGCACACUUGUUGAAAAAAGUUACAACUCCCUUGCUUUUCAGGGAGUUGUAACCACAUUAAUGCAUGCUCACUUGGUCCCUCUGCUUAACUAACACACACCAAGUCCUCCUGCUCCCUUUCCUGACAGUUCUGCAUCGCAGGUCCCCUCUGAAUACAAUUAACAGUAACUUUUCGUACUCCCAAAUUUUGUAUCACACUGAUCCCAGCAUGGUGAUACAUGUGGCCAGUAGUUGUUUAAUCUUGAUUAAUGAUCAAUGGAGGCCGGUAAUUUUGUAAAGUUUGUAAAUAGCUUGAUUUCUACCUGUUGCAAUUCCUUGUUUAUCCUUAUUAAUUUAGAUUUCUAUUCUACUUCUACUUCUAUCUGUAUUUUUAAGAGCAAUAUUCAAUGUUGUGUGGACCAGGACUGGGGAAAUGUUGUUCUUCUUUGCUUUAUAGUCACAUCCAUAUAAUGUUAGCAAACAACAUGAGUGAUUUAAACAAAAUCUUGAAUUAUCACUUAAAACAGUCCUGCUUUAGUAACAAUGUCAUGUCUCGGGUUUCAGUGUUAUCCUGCUCUUGCCUGGUGUGUGUUGGUGUUGAUAUUUAGUCUGCGUGUUUCAGGCGAGAUAAUUAGCCUCGAGGAUUGCUGGGUCUAAACUGAUAAGGGUGAAUUUAAUCGACUUCUUUAAGAUGAAAAGAGGAAGAAGACAAAAGACGAAAAAGAUAAACAUGAGAAGAAUAGCAACAGUGUGUGUCCUUCUCUCCUCAUUUCCAGGUGAGUGGGCUGAUUGAAAAGAGGUCUCCUGUGGAUUUUGGCCAUGGAUGAAGAGAUGACGCCUUUGGACUGUCUGCUGCCCUCAGGUACUGUCUUUCAAAUGCACAGCCUCCUGAAGCGAGCGCUCUUGAAUUCAAUCAAUCAAAUUCACACGUCUAUACUGAGGCCUGACUGAUAAAGGAGAAGGGACAGCGAGCUGACUCGAGCUUUAUUACAGCAGCAUAUGUGUUUUUCUGAUAUUCACCUUUGCCUUAACUUCUUUUCAAUACCGCACAAUGCAGAUAUGAUGUGCAUUCAUGUCUCCAUUCAUUUUUGUGCCUUAUCACUGUUGUGUUGAGUAUUCCACUUUCCUGUGAAUACAAGCUUUUUGCCAGUAUAGUAGGGUUUAGUAUUUAUAAAUAUGCCGUACUUUGUUGAACUUUUACCAACAGACAAAGUUAACAGCUACAACUCCUGCUGUGAAUCACAGAUUGUUACGUUGAUAUGUUAAUCAUUAAUGACCAUCUGUUAUGCAGCACACAUGGUCAAAUUGCUAGGCCGCCCUAUCCUAGCAGUAAUGUGUGGCUAAUGUUGGCAGAAUUACACCGCCAGCCUUCAGUCGGCCUUGCAGAUCAAUGUCCAAAUGUCCGACCUGUUGACACAUAUCUCAGGUUAAAUGCUGGUUCAGCCUCACACACUCAAAAUAUAACUUAACCACAAAACUGCUACAAAAAUGGCAUCUGUCAUCGCGCUUGCUUACAUCCAGGUAGUCAAGCAUUACCGCUAGGACUGGGCGAUUAUAUGAUCGUGAUGUAUUUCAGUUAGAUCACAGUGAUCAGCUGUGAGCAUAUUUACUCGAUUAAACAUAGGAAAUGUGCGUGACAACAGCCAAUCAGAGUCAAGCCUUUCCUGUGCACUUCUGUAAGUUGCCAGAGAAGUAAACAGAGGAAGUAAACAGAACGACCAAACGUGGAGGUGCCAUUGUUGAGAGGAAAAGUUAUUCAACAUCAGUUGUGUGGCGGUGCUGUGGUUCGGGUAUCUCCAAAGAGACGUUGAGCGAUUAAGCCGAUGUGUAAGGUAUGUCGGCGGUUGGUGCCCUCAAAAAAAGGCAACACAGCAAAUCUGUUUAUACUUCGAAGAAGUACUUCCCGAGUGAAUAUGCGGAAAGCAUGAAAAUGCCAGCGGAGUCUCUACAGCCUGUCACUACUGACGGCACGAGUAGAAUUAGCAGUUUAGCCACAACUAGCAGUGCAGCCACCAGAGCAAAGCAGCAACCAAUCGUAUCAUCUACGUUUCCAUCAUCUAGUGUUAACAUUUUAAGGUGUCUGUAUUAUCCCUGAGGGAGCAAUUUGUUUAUUGUGGGUCUUGCAGACCUGCAAAAACACUGAGGACCAUAAACUAGUUCACUGUAUUAUUUAGUAUUUAUCCACAUUUGUUGUACUGUUAAGUUAAAAUGGUUUUUUUUUUUUUUUUUCUAUGUUUAUCUUAUUCAGUUAACUUUGUUAUUUACUUUGUAUGUUAAUUAAAUGUUACACUAAUCCCUAGUUUUUAGUACAGAUACAUUAAAACUGGUAGUUAAAAAAAAAAAUACAAAAAAAAUCGUGAUGAUAAUCGAGAUCGGACAAUAUGACAAAAUAUAUCCUGAUCUUUCUUUUUUGCCAAAUCGCCCAGGCCUGAUUACUUCACAGUGGCAUUAGACACGAACUGGACCUACAGCCCCUCCUAGUAGUAGGUUGUUUGGUGACAACUAAGGCUGACAUAAUGACUGACAUUUCAGUUUAACAAUAGUAAAAAAAAAGUGAACAGCAGGUGUAAAUGCCUGAUAAGUUCUAGCGACGACCGCCAAGGGUGACAAUGUUCAAUUGUUUAGUCAUUUUCACAUGCACGUUGCAGGUUCCCACAGUAACAAACAACUCUCAUCAUCUUGCAUCAGAAAUCGAAUCAAACUGCAAAAUACAAGAGUGAACUAGCUCAUCCUCCUGCCUCUCAGCUCUGGAAGAUCUUGUGUUUGUUUAGUUUCUCCCACACUGCCUUGUAGUCCAUAUUUGCUGACUUAUGGUUGGCAAAUACAACAUAGCAAAGCCCUGCAUGCCAAUCUCAGUGCUUCAGAAACCGCAUGCUGACGUCACUGUGGCUGUGUCCGUUACCUCUACAGUCUAUGAUUAACACAGGCCACAGCUUGAGUGUAGGACACCCACACACAAACAAGGACUCAGACACAGACAAUCUGUAUGUGUCUGAUCAAAACACGCACUCGCACGCACACAUCACUGUCACACUUGUGUUGUUGUUUUUUUCUGCUUCUUCCCCCUCACUCUGACACACAAACCAUCUUAGGGGAAUUCAAACUCAAAAACAAAUCACUCGCACUUUCAUGACAACAGUGUGCGUUUGUAUGAGAUGCACUUCUCUGGAUCCUUUUUUUGUUCCGCUGUGUUCAUAAUGAAUCUUUACAGAAACAGGGCUUGAUGUGUCGGCUUGUUAUGUUAGCUGUUUGAGGAAAACAGACUUCGAAGAGGCAUUUUGAUCAUUGAAGUGAUUCUAAAAAUAAAUAAUCCUGCUCCUGAAUAAAACCCUGUCAUCUAAUGAAUUCGCUUUGUUCAGAAACGGCACAGGAAAACAAAGCUCGAAAUGACACAAAUAAACCCUAUUUAGUGCAUUUUCUCUGUUUGUGUGGCAUGUAAACACAUCAUGGUAGAAACAUAUCUGUCGAUCCCCUAAAAUCAAUCCUCCAGAUGGUCAGCGCUGACUGCCUGUCAAAUCUGAGGAGAAACUGAUUUUGGCUGCCCUUAGCUUGAAUUCUCAGGUCAGUGUUGAUGUAAGCUCCCUUGUGGUUUGUUUGUGAGGUUGGAAAACUCAUACGGGCCUAAGGGCUGGUUUUACUCAGAGAUGUAAAGGUCAAGGCAACGGUACAACACCUUGGCCUGUACAGAAGACAUCAGGAGCAUGUAGUUCUCUCCAUCUAUAUCUACUUUUUAUUGCAGCCACGGUUGAGAAAGUUUUUUUUUUUUUUUUUUUCCUGGAUGAAUUUUUCGAAGAGCAUUUUGCUUUGACUUGCACGAGAAUAUUUUUUGUAAUGCAUUAUGUAACAGGUAAAGCUUAGAGUUUUAAGGACUUAAUACAUAAAAAAAAAACCAAUAAUUGAGUCUUAGAGGCAUGAGUCACAUCUCUGUUUUCAUUGAUCAAUGUGGAAAGACUCUGGUCUAAACAGUUUUUCAAGUGUCCACUAGGGGCGGGCUUUAGAGUGCCAUUUAGAUCCCCAAAAGUAAACAGUAAACAUGUUUACAACAUGGAAUAAAAUGGUUUUAGUCUGAAGCAGAGACUGUUAAUGUUUUUAAGAGUUUUUAAGAAGAGGCUCAAGACUCACCUAACCAGGCUUUUCACUAAUUGCCUUUUUAUAUUUCUCUUAUUGCAAAUGUUCAUUUUAAUCAAAGUUCUUCAUGUUUAUUUAAUGUUAUCUUGUUAAUUAUCUCUGUUCUUAGUCUUUUUCUUAAUUCCCGUCUUAGAGGUUUUUACUUCUUUUACCCCUUUUUUCAUGGUAAAGAGUUCUUACUUAUCUGUUCAUUUCAGAUUAUUUUCUUGUUUUAGUCCAUCAGGUUUUAGUCUUUCUUUUUACCAUUUUAUCUUUUAUUUGUUAUCUUUAUCUCCAGUAUUUCCCAAAGGUAGCUCUUCCCUCACGUAAUGUCUCAGUGUCAGGCCAUGUCUCUUUAACAAUAUAUCUUAAAUUCUCACACUGUGUGCACGCACGUGUGUGUGGGUCCAUGGGUGGGUGUAGUGCUGGGCGAUUGGACGAUAUAUAUCGUUGGCACGAUAGAAAAUGUCUAUCGUGCCAUUUUUAUUCUUAUCGUUUCGGGCGAUAGGUUGUAUUUAAUCCAUAGAGCUUGUGCCAUCAGAUGAUUCAUAGUAACAACAACAAUAAUUGCACAUUCAGUAAGUGUAUUUGGUGUCGAACGGGAAAGAAAACAAUAUUUUCUUACAAAGAAAAGGAUGCGUUGACAUGUAGGCUUGCAUUUCUCUUUCGAUUUUGCGACAUGACGCCGCUUUACGUGCCCUCUUUAUGUCCAGCGCCUCCCGCCGUUGCGGGUUACCUGGGUUACACACGUGAGGGGAUCAUUGUAAGCAGUGCUUAAUUUGUGCCGGAGCAAGUUGGAGCGCGAUCCGGGACCUCUUUUGAUCGGAUCUGGGACCUAUUUCAGCCGCUCCGGCACCUGUUUCAUCUGCUCCGGGACCUUCCCUGUGGAGGAUGACUUUUUUCGGGAAUUCCCGUGGGUCACGUGAUUCCCGCGGGAUGGGAGUCAUUUUUUUUAUUAAUCUCUUGAUCGGGACGGGACGGGGAAAAAAGCAACGGGAGUGGGCAGGAGCGGGAACAACAUGAAAAGAUGAUCUUUUUCAGCCGUGUUUAACAAUCAGAUGAACAGGUGCGUCCAUUUUUGUAGUCAUCUCUCAGUGAGAGUAAACACUCUUGACCGCGCUAGCAACACAAAAGAACUACAACAGCGGUUUGACUUCCUGUCAGCUGGGAGCGCGGCUGCGCAUUUGUACCCUUCAAGCCAGCAGCGAGGAAACGUAAUUUUGUGACAUUCUGUAGUUUUUCAAUCAUUUCUGGAGUCGUGGCGAAUCCAAUCACCUUACCUGUCUGCCCCUGAUAGGCGAAUAAAGCGCUCGGAUUCAUGCUCGGGUCUUGCUACGUGCUUCAAGAGUAAAGUAAACAAUGAUGGAGGCAGAGAGCAGCUUUGGAGGAGAAACAUCCAGCAGUGUUAACAACCUCUUCAAAAGAGCCCUAAAGACCUACCUUUUUAAUAAAGCCUUUGGUUAGUUUUCCUCUAUGCUUUAUGCUUUUACUACCUUGCCUCUUACAUUGCAACUCUAUAUAUUUUAUUUUUUUUAAAUUCUUUUUUAUGCUAAUCUGUGACUGUCAUUCUAUUGCUUUUUUUUAUUGUUGCUGCUCUUUUUUUACUGUGUACUGUAGCACUUUGAGAUUUUUUUGUAAAUGUAAAGUGCAUUACAAAUUAAAUUUAUUAUUAUUAUUAUUAUUAUUAUGGAGUGCUUCGGCUCACACUAUCAGCGUUUUCUGUAAGUGUUACAUAACUUUGGGUGAGCACAGACAUGAACGCACUUCAGCCACGAAUUUGUUUAUUCAUUUUUCUAGUUUUAAGUGCUGGUCUUGUACUGGUACUGUACUAGUGCAGCUGUAUACACUUAAAUUUUUCAUAGAACUGAAAGCAUACCAUAGCUAUAUCGUGAUAUAUAUCGUUAUCGUGAUAUAAAAUGAUCCAUAUCGUGAUAUACAUUUUUUUCCAUAUCGCCCAGCACUAGGUGGGUGUGUGGGUAGGAGGGUCAAGUUUUAUUGUUGUUAAUUAUUGUUUUGAGCCUCUGUGAGGCACUUUGAACUGCAUUUUUAUCUGAAAAGUGCCUUAAAAAUAAAGUUGAAUUUUAAUAGCUCUUUUUUUUUCAUUAAUACAACUUACAAAGGGAAUGGACCUUUUGUUUCUCCAAGUUGACCAAGAGUUAUUAGUAUUAUUAUUUUUUUAAGAAGGAAUGAGUAACAUCCUUAAAACUGUAUCAACUUUCUAUAUUGUUUAUGAGACAGAGAGUCUGCUGCAGCGUUUGUUCAAAGAUAUUUGCAGCUAAAUUAUGGCACACAAGUUUAUUUAAUACCUCAAGUUGGGCAUGCAGCUGAGUGGAAGAAAUACGCUGUGAACAAACACAUUAAAUUCUACUGUGAAAUUGAGCAUUUUAAUAUAAGCUCGUAAUGAUAAAAUAAUUAAAAAACUUUGCAGGUUAUACAAUUUGAGUUAUCUGUAUUAUUCAUCUGAAUUCUUGGUAUUGAGAGUUUCUCAGUCUGUUUGCAUUAUGAAGGCUGGAGGGACAGACUUUAUACUAAACUACACGCCAUUGAAAGCUAACAGUUGCAUUAUUGCGCUGAUGUCUUUCCCUGCUUCUCAUCUCUGAUUGUUUCCAGUCUCUGUAAUCCGCUUGUUAAACUACAAAGACCAGCGUAAUUGUUCCUCCGCUUGUGCACAUAUGUUUGUUUAUACUUGACAUUCUCGCUCGCGUGCGCCUGAUUCGUGACGAGCGAAACGCGGCGGCAGUGUUGAUUUUCUAUGCUUGCACAGCUGGAAAAUCAAUAACACGCAAAGGCCAACGUCAGUCAAGAGACACUCACUCCUGAUAGGAUGCUAUCAGCGGCUCUUGAGCAGCCAUUGAAACAAAUGUUGACUCAAACGCAUUAGCUUUGCAUUACUGGCUGCUUUCUUGAGUUUGCUCACUGUAAAAAUCCUAGAUUUAUUCGGAAGAUUUCGCCAGGUGUGCAAAUAAUCCCUCAACACUGGAAGAACAAAGCACACACACACACACUCUCUCUCUCCUGAUGGUUUUAUUCUACUGAUAAAGCCCUCCCUUGACAUUAAAGGCAAAAUAUGUGCUUAAGACUCGUGUUAUACACUUUUAAUAUGAUUUCCCCACCUGAACAUUACAGAAAACACUUCCAACCUCCCAUUAGAUAAGUUUAGUGGAUAUUUCUGUCUCGUCUUCAGUUAAAUCUCUAGCCGAAAAUGCUAAUCUAGACUCUCAUUGGAGAGUUGGGGGAAAAAAAACAGCCGCUGGAUGUCUGUAUUUUUAAAAUCCCUUUCGUACAUGAGUUGCCUUUUAAAUUUCACCAUUUAAUUAUAAAUGUCUAUUCCUGGAGUAUCUCUGUGCAAGGUUGUAUGCUUGAUUAGUGUGUGUGUGUGUGUGUUAUUUUGUGGUAUUUAUGCUGUCUAGCACUUUUUAAAGAACCCCAAGGUGACAUAUCUUUGAACGGAGUGCAUAAGAGGCCACGCACCUCCUCAUGCGUGUGUGUACGGGGAGGUGAGUGUUUGUGCGUCGGGGGGUUAUCUGAAAAGUCACGCCUGGUUGGGCUUGUCUUUUGUUCCCUGUACACCCCGAGCCAAUUAAGAGACAAGACUGACAAAUCUACCCCUCCUCACCUACCCCUCCUUUUGCCCUCCUCUUUCUCCUCCUCCUCUGCAUCUCUCCUUCAUCCCUCCUUCCUUUUUCCUUUUUCCAUUUUACCAUACUCUGCUGGGGUUGACUUUCCGAUUGGAAAUGACCUUCCAGUGAUGUGAACUUUUUAACAACAUCAAGCCUGCUGCAGCUACAAAGUCACAAACCCAAAGGACUUUUUUUUUUUUUUUUCUUCACACCUUCUCAGCUGAGCCAGAAUGCUCUUUACACUUGAGGGAAUAUAUUUUAAGUUUUUUUUUCUUAAGGACACAAGGUGGUGCACAUUCCUGAGAAGAAAUAUCACGACAUCUAAACUCUGUUCUUUCACAUUUAGCCUCAGACUGUAUAUACAACGCAUGAGAAAAAGUGAAAUGAAAUCUGAAAUAUUUCAAGACUUUUUUUGCUUAAAUCUUGAUGGUUACAGCUUACAGAUCCUGAUUGUGGUUCCAUGUACUAAACCAGAGUGAGAAAAUAGAGUUCAUUAGUUGAUAAAAGCUCUUCUCAGGGCUGAAAGAAUUGACAAGAAGCUGGAUUUUUCCAAAAUAUGAUUUUUGGUGUUUGUGAGCUGUAAUCAUCAAGUUGGAGCAGAAAAAAAAGGCUAAAAAAAUUUCACUUUGAAUGCAAUGAAUGUAGAAAAUAUGGAAAUCUCACUUUUUGGACGAAACGGGCCAUGGAUUUUUCUUUUUUUAUGCUCUGUUCAGGGUUUCCCCUAAAUGCAAUUAAUUGUGGCGCACCGCCAUGGCUAAAUAAAAGCCACAACACCAACUUUUAUCUCACAUAGUUCUACCUCAGACUCAUAUGUAUUAGCAGUGUUUCCCCACAACGUUAUUUCCAACUUGAUGUGAGUCAUCAACGAGCGCAUCAAAUCCUGUCAGACCUUCCUCUAUCAACGUGAAAGGUAACGUUCAAGCUUAUACACGGUCUACAUAGUGUGUAGCAUUAAUAGCAUUAGUAGCAUUAUUAUCAAUGCGGCACUAAUGAUUUCGACUUGCACUGUGUGAGCACAACAACACAACAUUAUUUUCAACUUGUUUUGAGUCGUCAAUGAGCGCAUCAAAUCCUGUCGGACCCUCUUCCACUAAUGUCAAGGGUAACGUUUGAACUUAUACACAGUCUGUAUAGCGAGUAGCCAGGGUAAUGUAACAUGAAUGUAACAGCGUAGCUCCUGGAGCGACAAGAGAGUGGGGUAACAACACGUGUGUAGCAUGAGGUCAGUGUUUUCAUCGAAGACCUAGCUUGAUGUUGACGAUGGUGGCUGUGGCGUUUCAGAAAUAUUCCACUCUGAGGGGCAUUUUUAAAAGUUAACGUUUUAGGUCGGCUAAAACACUAUUUCCGUUAUCAUGAGAAAUUGAUCUUUAUGUCGUGACAAGGGAAAAAAAAUGUUAUCAUGAGAUAGUGAUCUUAUGUUAUGUAGAGAUAAUGACAGUGAGUUGUUAUCAUGAGAUACUAAUGCAUAAAAAAAGAAAAAAUCCACGGCUGUCCUCGUCUUCCAUUGACCAAGAUGAAUUGAGAUGCACAAUGGUUCAGAUGGUUAUUCUGAAGCGCCGCUCUUUUAAAAUACUUUCUCUAUCAUGGUCAUGUUCCAGUGACAGCUGGUGUGCCGCCAGGGUCAGGGUAUUGAAAUAACCUUUCAUUCAAACUGAGCUGUAUCAUUAUCUGUCAUACCAAGAACAAAAAUCCUCUGAUUAAUUUGUGAUUCUGCUUCAAGUUUGAAUAACACAUGACCUUGUUGUGAAAAGAGAGGACUUUUCGGCUUCCUGUUGGGCCAUCUAAAAUUAUCAUAAAAGAGAAAAAUACUUAGCAAAUUUAGAAAUGACAGAGUUUAUAUGAAACACCAGUAGGGAUGUCAGUGAGGAUGGGAACAAUGUGAACAGGCUGAAUCUGUGUAGAGUUCACGUCGUACUAGGUAAGGACACCUCUGUAAAGUUACGAAUAUGACUUUAACAUAACUAAUCAUGCUUCCAUAAUUUGACGGUUACGCCCUAUCAUCCGUCUCUGUCAGAGUGUGUCUGAUCCACACCUCUCCCUCUGUCAUUCCUGCAGGCACGCAGAGGAUCUGUCUGAUCAUCCUGAACCAGCCUCUUGAUAAGGACUACCUACACAUCCUCUGGAGUAAAGGUACAUCUCACUCCUCUCUGGUACAGAUCAAACAUCUGCUCUUUGUACCACACGGGUCUGGUCUGCACUGAACUGGCACUGAGCAUGUGUUCACGUGUCGAUAUUCGCUGGUCUGUGCUCUGUAGAACUGUGCAACCUUCAUUGUGCAGAGUCUUAAUUGCUGCUAUGUUGCCGAAAUAUGAAAUUGCCCCCUCGCUGCCCUCUGUGCACUUUCCCCUUGAGAUAUUAUUAUUAAAAUUGAAGAUGGUGUUAUUUUUUUUUUUUCACAAAAUAAUUUGCCUUUCUGCAAGGCUGAUUUUUAUUCGAUUCUCCUGCGGCUGCAUGACCUGAAAAUGAUUAUAGUCCAAAUAUGAGCCAAUGAUUCACCUUAAAUGCAUUCGCAGCUUAAAAAGGGAAUGUUUUUUGGGCCACGGAGACCUUGAAUCUUGUGCAUCCUGAUUAAAUUGCACCAUGAUGCAGUUAAUAAAUCAGACAGGACAUGAACAUCACAAUUUAAAAUCUGUGACUAGCAGAAAGAGGGUCAUUUAACAUACUGGACAAACUGGUUCUUAAGAUCUACGAUAAACAAUCUGAACGCCUUCCUUCGGUCAUCUGCUCUAUACUGCUUCACUGUACGAUUUGUUUUCCUAACAGGUGCUCAGUCCUGUUGAAAGCAAGCUUUUAGCAAUUGUUAAGGUCUCAAGGUAAAAUGGUUGCACAUCCAUUCAGACUCAUUCAAGUGUGUCUAUAUACACCACAGAUAAUUGGUUGGUAAAUAAUGCGAACACGCAGUAAGCGUCCAUUCCACUCAGCAGGAGAGACACGGGGUCGAUAUAAACAAACCCACUAGACCUUAGACUCCUGUAUUCAGACUGUGGCUUUUCAGUCACAACACAUCAAGCCGUGGUGCUGACUCUGUGCUGUUGUUUACGACUGUGAGGCCUCUCGCAGGCGUCAAUAAGGGGGAACUGUCUGCUUAGAUGCGGGAUAUAGAUAGACAGGAAAUACUUAGGCAGGCACAUUUCAGUCUCACUUACUGACGACGACACGUUUGCACAAAGGCAAGAAGCCUUUUUGGGGGCAGAAAAAUUCCAACAAGACGCUCAAGCACUUAUUCUGAGUCGGAAACAGAGGUUUAUAUUAAAACUGAUUUGAUUUCCCAUGCUGUUAGAGUACCAGACAUCUUCUUGGAGAAAAGACAGAAAGAAAUGCAGAAAGCUCUUAAUCAUACACAAAGGUGUGGUACUGAGAAAGAAAAAAAAAAGGUUUUGAAAGAAGUAAGAGCCUUGGACUCCCUGAGGUGUCUCUUAUGAGAUAAGUUGACACCACUUGGCUGUGAUGAAUUAAAAUGCAAAGCUGACUUUGAGCCUUUAAAACCAGACUAUGUUUUUUUUUUUUUUUUUCAAUCUGGGGUCUACGACUUUGUUUUUCUUUUAAACCUGGUGAACUGAAAGCAACAGUCUCACUGAACAGAACAAGGAGGCUAAAAAACUUGAGUUCAAUGCGUUUCUAUGCAGUUUGUCGUGACUGUCAAGACCAUAAAACAACACCAAGAAAACUAGUGCUGGCACAUUCAUUCCUGAUGAAGAGGAUUCUCACUCAGACGCAGUCAAGAAAGAAAGAAAUCAAAGAGAACAAUCGUAAGAAUCGGCCCCAUUCACCCACUUCUUCGUAAGAUUUUUCUUUAAUGUUUUUCUCACCUGGGAAAGUCUGAUGCUUAAACUGCUCAGCUGUUAGAGUGAAAUAGGCUCAAGUAAAAUCUGAAGUUAUUGUCUUAAUUUAAAGGGGAAUCAAUAAAAUUUGGACCUCAGUUUGUUCUAGAAUAUGCAGCUUUAAAACUAUUAAGACACGUGACAGAUUUGUCAUUUAAAUACCUGAAUGUAAAGCCAAGUGAGUGAGUUUCUCUCACAGUGUUUAAAUAAUUAUCUCAAACAUCUGUGUGUAUUACGAAUUUAUCUUUGCGAUUCUGACUUAAGAUUACAUGAUUUAAUGAAAGAUCAUUUUAUUAGAUAAUAUAAAUGCAUUUGUUAUUAAAGCUCCUGUGAGAAACUUUCAGUUUGUGUCAGCUUUGGCACCCCCCUGUGGCUCGUCUUGUCCUAUACAUGCUUAGGUCGUGUCUUUCUCCAAAAAUCUCAUCCUGCUAACUUUUGACAGACAGAUUUACUAUCAAUUGUUUAUAAAGUUUAUGUUGAAACUAGGGAUGCACUGAUCUGAUAUUUGGAUCGGAUAUCGGCUCCGAUAUUGACAAAUUAACCGGAUCGGAUAUCUGAUAAAUGACUCUGAUCCAGUCUUUUUUUUUUUUAAAUUAAUAUCAAACACAGCAACACAGCGAUUCUGUUCGCUCUAUAUUCUGUGUCUGUCUAUCCUUUUGCACUAAAUGUUUACAUGGAGGUCUUGCUUCUUUUUGCUGUGUGCUAAUGUGCAAUUUGUUAUUUGUCAAUAAAUUAUAUUAAGUAAACUUAUAUCUGCGUUGAUUUGUUACCUUUUUCUAACAAGGCUAAUGUCAGGCCUGAUGCCUUCACUCACAGGGCAAGGUAAACAGUUCAUUCAUUCAUUCAACAGAAGUAUUGAUUCGGUAUCAAAUAUCGGCCGAUAUGCUCAGCCCAGGAUCGGAAAAAAAUGGAUCGGUGCAUCUCUAGUUGAAACUGUAAAGUAGAGCAGUUUCUUCAGUUGCUGGACUGACACCAUCCCCUCACACUGAUUCAAGGCAUCAAAAAGAAGGGUUUAAAAAUCAUCUCUCUUGUCACUGAUGGUCCUGUUUGCUUUCAGAUAUCAUGAAUAGGCAUCAACCGUUCAUUCUGGUGCUAGCUAGUGAGAGUGACAAGGUGUUUAGACGACUGAAUUCAGACCCUUAUCAGUGCUCAGAUGUGAGUUAGUGAUGGUGCACUUUGCUCUCAGCUGAAAACCCAAACUCUGGUGAAUUUCUCCUUGAAAACGGAGGAUGAAUGAGGUCCAAUGUGAGUAAACACAACAUGUUUGAAGACAAACUUGCAGUUAAAACCACAUCAGAUAGAGUUUUAAUGAGCACUGCUUUGAUAUUCUUAUCCACUUAGCCAAAACCCAAGAGGCGUCUGAGUUCAAUCUGUUGCACAGCAAUCACACAGCAAGACAGACACUUAAGAUUUAAUACCUUUAUAUUUGAAGACCUCUAGAAACUGUUAAAUACAUUAGACAAAGCAAUUUCCUCGUCUGAUCUCACAGCCAAGGUUCCCACUUGCCUAAAGAAAAAACACUCGGAUCGUGAAAAGAUUAGAAAAGACAAAAGUACAUUCAUUCAGUGAUCAUUCAUUAUGAAGAGAGAAGGGGAUUAAUUGCUGCUGAAUUCUGUGAAAGUCUUGAAUUGUUCAUUCAAAGUAGAGGAAGGCAGUUUUCUGAAGGAUUGCACAAUGCUGCCUUUUACCAAAUAGCUUGUUUUUUGGAGAACUGCAUCUUUAAUAACAUUUGAAAUGCAUUUGGAAACCCAUUUGUGUUAUUUUCAUUGCGAGCAAACUCUAAAUUGAGGACAGUUUUUCAAUAUUCGGCCCAGAUUGUCUGUUUGCAACCAGCCUGGGCAGAUAUUAAACUUGUAAGAGAUUCUGUAUCACCCUGUUGAUUUUCACUGACCCUCAACAGUGUUUGGAGAUUGAUAUUUCUGGUUUAAUAUCCGAUUCCUAACUGUGACCGGAUCAGCGGAGUGUAAGUGACGCGGUUAUACUCCAGGGAUUCAAUUUUACGUAAAUGCAUUGUCAGGCUGUUGAAUAUCCUGUAGCUGAUUGUUUCUCUCAUAUUUUCUUAUCCAAUUUAAUACUUUUGCCCACAGCCCGAGGAGGAAUCUCGGGGUAAACACUGCAUCAAAUUACCCAAACACCUACCUGGAAACUACCUGGAGAUAGUAUCAGAUGUACUUUGAGGAUAUGAUUAAGCGUGGUUUUGUCGUCUGAUAUUUGCUCCCUGUUAGAUAAGAAGUCUACUUGUGAAAAAGUUUUUUGGUGGCUUCUAAAGUGCCCAGAGCUAUGCCGUGGUGUGGAUGUCAGAAAUCAGAAGGCUUUCUUGAUCACUUUGGCUCCUGGCAGCGGUGCACAUGGGAUUUAAAGAAGUUUUGACAGGAUGAUGACGGCGCAUGAAUGGCAUAUCUCAGAUCUCAGGCAGUGUGCUGGUAAACAUGCUGGUAGCAAGUUUACCCUCCCUCACUUGAUCCGUCAUGUAUUUUUAAUGCUGUUUAUGAGAUGACAGAUGUUAGUGUUCGCGUGACCGUGUCACUCUCCAGAUGGCUUCGUACCUAUAGCCUGGUCCCCCAUCUGUACACCCAAAUGACACAGACAUCCACCAAGCUUCUCGCUGGUCCUCUGAUGUGCUGCCUCUGGGCUGCCCCCCCCUCCCCCGCCAUCACCUCUGGGAAAAGUCGAGCAGCGGGGGAAAGCGAAGGAGCGAUGGAAGCCAGAAGAGCGCAACGCUGAUCAAAGAGAAACUCAUUUACAGGUGCCGAGUGUGAUGUGCAGAAGGGGGAUCAGGCUGCUUAUCUCGCUCACGCACCCUCUCACUCAUCUGGCCCAUCAGUCACCCACUCGCUCAUCCAGUCAGUCACAGACUCACCCAUUCACUGAAUCAGCCACUCAUUUACUGACUUACAAAUCCUUCACUUACUCACUUGUGUAACAACACAAACAAGCGAAUCAAUAAAGCAAUCAGUGGAGGCGACUCUCUUCCCGGCUCUACAAGACAAAAAACAAGGCUGAAUCAUUUGUCGAUGAGGCGCAGCUCGCAGGAGAAGAGGAAGCGUGUGAGCAUCGCUCAUCAGCUGGUCCUGUAAUACCUUUGCCACACUUCCUGAACUCCUGCAUUCAAGCACACGCUUCAGAUAAAGCAAAUAGGUAUGCGGAGAAUUCACUUUGGAGCUAUUAGCAAGGAUUGAUUGAUUGAGAAAAGCAUUUUCCUGAUGGGAAUGAGAAAAAUGCGCUACAGAGAACAACAGUGUGAAUAAAAAAGCGUCAGAGAAAGAAAACAGGAUGUUUUCUGCAGGAAAUCAAUCAAAUUCGAAGCGAGGUGCAGGGAGCAGGGUGGAUCAGGAGACAGAGUGACAGAUGGAGGGGUAGAGGUGGACUGAUAGAUGAAGGGAGGGCGUCUUGGCAUCAUAAUAAGGAUAAUAAUCUUUUCACCGCUUUCUGUGACCGUUUGCCCUCUCCUGUACUGCGCCAAAGCCCCAACCUGACAGGCAUUAAUCCUCCCUACUAACCUCAUCAAUACUGGAGCACUGAAGAAUAGAAGAGAAUAUCCCCCACAGCAAUGUGAGUGUGUGUGUGAGUGUGUGAGUGUUUCUGCGGGGAGCAUGAGUGUGCAUCCUUUCUGCAUGAGGCCUAACACAGACGAUAAAAAAGCAAAGAAAUGACAGGUUUAGUGCCGUGUGUGCAGGAAAGCAUUAUCUCCCGCCCAGUGUAUGUAUCUAUCACACAGCAGAGUGAGUGACAAGAGGAGUUGGUCGUGAAGCCCGCGGGGAGGGAUUAUCAGGCUAGUUAACUUACAAGGUCAUCUCCUCUGACUGCUUCUGUCCCUGCACAGCUCCCGUCACCGCCAGGAUUCAUGUCACAUCUGUUUCUCUGUGUGUGAUUUUCUCUUUUGCUUGUUUUUUCGGUGCUUCUCGGAGAAAAGGUUACACAGAGCCGGUAAGGGUGUUGCAUUUAGAAUCCAGGUGUACUUCAAACAGCCAGCCAUAUAUUGUUUUCAAAGGGUGAAUGACAGUAAUUGUGUCUUCAGCGUUGAUGUGGAUGGAGUGCAGAUGAAGAGAUAAUCUCUCUCAAGUUCAGCUCAGUUUACCCACUUUUCCUUUUUAACCGUGAAGGAGACAAAUUGAAUGUUGAGAGAUCUACAAAGACAGGGCUCCCAGAGGAAUUCAAUAAAAGUUUCUCUCCGAAUAAAAGACAAACUUUUGAACAAGCUUUGAUUGUUUUAUCUGAAUUGGGAAUCUCAGCAUUGUGUCAAGAACAGCAGCCUUAAAAAAAACCCACAGAUGAAACACUCGACUGUUUGAAAUGCAGACGAGCAUGAUUAUGAAAGCUUACACACAUAAGAACAUAAACCUUUACACAGGAAGCAAUGUGUUUUACUGUGACAGCUGAACCAAGAGGGGAGUGAAAGUCACUCACAGGCAACUCAAAAUCAGAGGAACAUUUCUCACACUGUGCAGAUGAGGCUCAUGCUGUUUCACUAAAUAAGAGCUGGUUCUGUUGAAAUAACCCACAAAGAAGAGGAGACACAGCAAGUGAAGAUAAAGACUGCUAACAGGUAUAGAGUCACGAAAAUAUUUCAUACCUUGGUUUAGGACUGGGUGCCAACAUCGAUAUCGAUAUAAAACAUAGUCAAUUUGCUUUUCCAUAGCCGGAAUUCUGCCGUAUUUUGGUAGACUAAAAGAAUAGCCGAUGAAAAGAGUCGCUCCGAGUCCGCACUGCAAAUUAUGUCGAGUACAUGUUCCCGAAAAGUCGGGGAAUACCUUAAAUCUUUAUCACCACCUAAAGCAGUGCCAUGCAAUAGAACACGCUCAAUGCAAACGUUUACAAACCCUGAGCUGACCGAGUGCAAAGCAGCCUACGGCACCUGUGCUGUCAAAACAGUCGAUUUCUCUAGCGCAACGCCUUACGACAAAACGUCAAAGAGACAACAUUUUAGUUUUCAAAUUACUAUUUUUAAAAUUUAUUUGGAGUUGUGAAUCUGUUUGAAACUUUUUUGUUACAUUGAUUUAAGAUAAACAGGGAACAUUUAAGAUUGACAAGUGUUUUUUUAAAUAUCGUGAAAUAUAUCGAUAUCGACUGAUAUGAAAAAAAAAUAUCAUUAUAAACUUUUUUCCAUAUCGCCCAGCCCUACCUUGGUUUUAGAAAUUAAACUAUCGACUCCUUUGGAAAAAAUGUUUUAAGUGGUGAAAAUCGGCAGUAAAAUUAUUUAAAGCCAGUUAGAUAAUGCGGUCGGGGAUUGAAUUUUCUUUUCCGUGUGUACAGCUAACGUGGACCAUCUCUGGUGUAAAUGUUCUGCACAUGCUAAAGAGUUUGCACCCUGACUUUCAGCCCAGAUGCUGAAAAGUGUGAAUGCAUUUCUAGAAAGCCAGGUGGUGAACUUGCUGACGCCUUUUGUUAAUCGAUUUUGUCGCUAAGUUCAUUUUUUGACGAAAGUGAUGAGCGGUCUAUCAUUUUAAAUGUUUAACACAAAACUCACAAUAAAUCUUUGUCAUUGAAAAUAAAGUUUUAUAGAAAACAAGGUGUUGAUAAAUGCUCUUUAUACUUCUGAUAUCUGCCUCCGGAUGGAAAAAUAUGCUCAUAAAUUGCGCAUAAUGGUGUAAGAUUUAAAUACACAUUGACAGUUUGAAAGAUUAUGAUGUUAGUAGCCUACUUACGAGCCUCGCUUUGUAUCUCAUCAGUUCUCUCUAUUUCACUGGAGUUCUGCCUGUUUGUGUUUUAAUGGCACCAGGAAAACAGAGUUGAAACAUGAUUGACAGACUUGAGUACAUGAUCUAGAACCCCGAGUCUGAAAGUUAUUCCGCAUGCACGUGGUCGUGUAUAUGCUUAACGCGCAGAUACUGACUGAUCGGCUGUCAUCACCGGGCUUAAGUAACACUUUCCUUGUUUUUUUUGAGAAGUUGUCUUUUAUCAACUUUCCCAGCCUUUGCACUCUCUCAGAGAUAAUGAGUCAUUUACAUUCCAAUCAUUGCCUGACGUGGAACAUCAGCACCGGCAGGUGGCUGGGGGGUUAUGAAAAAAAGCGCUACCUUGAGUAAAAGUGUCUUAUUUACAGUGAUGCAAAUUCAUCUGCUUUCUUUCUUUUCUUUUUUUAAACACGCUCAAGGCCAAGAUAGUAAGAUCACGAAGGAUACCCUCUACUUGGAUGCAAUUAUUCUUGCUUGUAAAGUCGACUACAGCAUGUGCAUGAGUGUUGGUGCAUUUAAAUUAACAGUAUGUGUAAGACAGUAUGUACAUUGUUGUAAUAAGAGUGUUAAGAGUUGUGUAAUGUUUUAAAGCCUUACGGAAGAAAGUAAUGCAAGGUUUAAACUCUGAACCUGUGUUUGUCAUAACAGCUUACAACAAGUGUGAAGCUUCAAAUAUCUUCAUUAUGUCUGUGAUCUGACAAAUUGGCAAGAGUCUCAAUGUUUAAGUGGGUUGUGGGUCACGAGUGACAAGCAAAGACAUGACAGCUAUUGUUCAAUUGUUAUAUCAUUACUAGGUACGGGAGUCACUAGUGGCCCCAUGAUACGAUAUUAUCACGAUUCUUGGGCCACAAUGCGAUUUUAUUGCGACUUUAAACAUUUUGCAAUACAGUGAGUAUUAUUAUUGCGAUACACUAUAUUGUGUUUUUUAACUGUUUAGUUAAUUUAGCAUUUGUCUUUCCUUUAUGUUUGACUUAUUUACGCUGUAUUUUAUUUUCAUGUAGCACAUCUUGCAAACCUUAUUUAUAUUUGUUGUACUAACUUUCUCCUGCUCCAUGAUGUCACCUCUACUGACCUCACUGGACAAACAAUUGAUUUUAUUUUUCAAUUAUCAAACAUUUGACUUCAUAUUAGCAAUGAAUUAAAAAAAAAAAUACUUGGUCAAUGAGAUGAUACGAUAUAUCACCAGACAAAAUAUCGCAAUACUUUGCCGUAAUGUUUUUUUUGUUUUUUUUCAACCCCUAAUUAUUACAGUGGUACCAUGAUACAAUAUUAUCACGAUACUUGGGCCACGUUAAUUUUAUUACAAUUUUGUAAUACAGUGAGUAUUGCGAUACAAUAUAUUGCAAUUUAUACAAUUUUUUGAACAGUUUAGCUAAUUUAGCAAAAUAUAUAUAUAUAUUUUUGAAUUAUUUUCGCAGUAUUUCAUUUACAUGUAACACGUAUAUUUUUUCAUUAUCAUAGGUUUGACUUCAUAUUAACAAUUAACUUGAAAAAAAUGAUACUUGGUGAAUGAGACAAUACGAUAUAUCACCAGACAAAAUAUCGUGAUACCAUGCUGUAUCAAUUUUUUAUCCCACCUCUAAUUAUUACAGUGGUACAAAGAGACAAUUCAGUUUAGCAGACACCUUUGUCCAAAGCAGAGAAGUCUGAGGAGAAGGACAACACGGCAAGGAUCCAGACAGAAAGGUUAAGAGUAAGUCGGCACCAAAAACUUCAAGUUCAAAGAGACCCAGGUGCUGCACAGGUGUACAGAAGCAAAGGAGAAGAGCCUCUACACCCGAGAGGAGUCUAGCUUAAGUGUGUAGGUGUUCAUGAAAGAGCUGGGUCUGACACUCUUUCUUAAAGGGGGAAAAGGACUCUGCAGACGGAGCAGGGUUAGGUAACUCACUCCACAUCUGGGUUAGCUUCAGAUGAGAAGAGUCUAGUUUUUAACACAAGGUCCUGUUGAAGUGGAAGUACUAGGCACAUUGGCAGGCUGCAGAGAGUGGGAGGAAUUGCAGCUCUAGAUGAGGGAGUUCAGGUAGGCAGGAGUGGGUUUUGUUGUUGUAAACAGGGUUCGAAUUUGAUGCAAGCAGCAACUGAGGAGCAGAAGUAGCCGGUGUGUUGAUAUUAUAUGAGCCUGCAUGCAACAGGAGUAGUGAUACAUGCUCCAAAAGCAGAAUCUGAUCCUCCUGUGUAGUUGUUUUAUCAUCACAUUGUUAGGAGUUUUUAAAAAAUAAGUUGUUUUCACUUAAAACUGAGCCUGAAGUCUGUCAUGAUUUUUUUUACUUUCAAUCAACUUUCUAGUAAUCUGGGCAGCUGUGAGUGGGCAAUAAACACUGAAUGUACACUGAACUUUUUUGUAGAAAAUCUUUGCAGAUACUGUCUGGAUCUGUGUGUAACCCUGGCUUCAUUAAAAUACGGCUGACAUUCACUAAGAAACAAAUAAAUCCAGUGCUGAGUGCUGCUGCGAGAGAGUGUUUUCAGCUGCUCUUGACAGCUCUUUCAGCAGCAAACAUUUUCCCCUCCCUGGAUAUUCAGUCAAAAAAUGCUGUACGGGUUCCAAGUAAUCUACCAGAAAGUGUGCUUGCUUGCAGGUUUUAUAUUGGCGAGAGCCGAGCAGUAUUUGAUGUGUUGGAGCAAAAGUUGAAUGAGGUUCAGAUUUCUUUGUUGGAUGACCCCGGAGUGCUGCAGUCUUAUUGAAAUAAAUUAGGUGUUGUUGAAUCAGUGCUUGGCAUGUUUUGUCAGGGUUUGUGGGAGUUUUAUCAGCCCUGCAUGUCCACCAGUUGGAGUUCACCUUGAUACCUUGAUAUGGGGUCAGUUAGAUGUGAAGGCCACACAUGGUCUAAACUAGCGCAGGCAGAGAGCGCAAGAUGACGCAGGGAGUGAGUGUGAGAGAAAGUGGCGGGCACAAAGAACUCAUUCCAAGGUGGCGCGUUAUUUUGACUUGGAAUAGACUUUCACAGAUUGUGUGUCUGGAUGUGAGAGCCAGCAUCACGUGUGAAGUAGAUAGCCCUACACGCAGGCAUGUGUACAGGCUUUGGACAUAUCAGAACAAAGAAAACUUGAUGAGACAGAAACAAGUGCACUAUGGUUGCCUGUCUCUGUGGUGCAGGCUUAAGUUAGAUUUAAACGAGGUGAAAGCAGAAAGCUACAGCUGAUCCUUUGAAGUUUUUCCCCCUGCGUGCAUCAUAACACCCUCAAAUAGAAAGGCGCUCUCAAAAAAAAAAAGAAAAAAAAAAAAGCACUUUGCUCAAAUUGAACAGAGGCCAUGGAAGAGCAUACAUUUGCAAAUAGUUAGCAUCUUAUUUAGAGCAUCAUUUUAAAAGCAAAUAACCACUUCAUUUGUAUGUUCUUAAGGAAAGUAAAGUGCCCUUUCACUCUCUGUUCACUCCACUCCCACUUAAUUUUUCAGUCGUAAUGAGAUUAGGCUUAAUGCGUCAGAUUUUUUUUUUAUCUUUAAUCUAGAAAAAUGCCAGGGUUCUGCUUCUUAAUUCAACACAGUCUAGCCUUGAAAAUUAAUUUUUUGAUGCCACUGUAACACAACUUUGCUUUUUCGUGUAAUUAGCCUAAACUAAAACUCACUGAAUUGCAUCGCAUUAAUAGACUUUCCAAUUAGGCUUUUGAGCAGUAUUAAACUACAUGAGGAAAACUUCUGGUGGCAACAAUGGCUUAAAGUGCAAAGAGGUCCAAAGUGAGGCUCUGUUUUACCAAAACUGAAGAUAGAGAUGAAUUAAAAUGCAGUUUAUGGAGCCAAAUAAUUUCUUGCAAGGAGGACAAGCACAUCAGCAUCAUGUAUCAAAUCAAGUUAAAGUAUCUGCAGAAUUAGGGGUGUCCCGAUACGAUAUUGAUAUCGGUGUCCCGAUACGAUAUCGAUAUCGGUCCGAUAUCAGCAAAAAAUCAAAUAUUGGAUAUUUUCGGCCUGCAUCAAAAAUCACAGAUUCCGCUCUGGCACCUCUAUCUUGCAGCGUCCUGAUCCAGCAAGCUAAGCCCACAAAAUCACAACAACAGUGUGUACUAAGGUACUAACAAAGUAGCAAAGAGUAAGAGUGAUGUCGGCCUUGUGGCAGUAUUUUUUGUUUAAGUCAGAGAAAGACAUUGCAGCUGAGUGAAAAACUUGUCAUGCACAACUUUGUGCCAAUAUUGGAUCAAUUUCCGUAUCGGCCAAUAUUGAAGGCUGCAAUAUUGGUAUCGUAUCAGAAGUCAAAAAGUUGUAUCGGGACACCCCUCUGCAGAACCUUUUGCUGCGUUCGAGUUUCCUCAGAGGUCAGAGGUCAGAGCUGAAAUUUACGUCACACCUGAGUUCCCAGCGUUUCAGUUACCAAGCCAGAAAAAGCAAAAUCGGAGGUGGAAACAAGAUGGCUACAUCUACCAAAUCUAUUUUAGCGCUUGCCUCGUCUGAACAUAAGGCAAGCGCUAAAAUAGCUUUCACAGAUGUAGCCAUCUUGUUUCCACCUCCGAAUUUGCUUUUUCUGGCUUGGUAACUGAAACGCUGGGAACUCGGGUGUGACAUCAUUUUCAGCUCUGACAUCUCACUUCUGAGAAAACUCGAAUGCAGCAUUUGACAGUCUUCAGCUUGAAACAGCUCAGUCAACUCCGGCUGCUGCUGUAGGCCUGCCAUCCUCUUCUUCACCCAAAACACUACAGUUGGAAGAUAAACUAUGAUCAAGGAUUACAGAUCCCAAUCCAUACUCGGGAUUAGCUUUCAUGCUAUCCCAUUUUAAUAAUAUGUGUGGGCUAAACAAAGGCGUGGUCUCACCCUGAAAAAAAUUAUUUAACAAGCUGCAUGGUGAUUUAAGAAUAGAAAAAAUCCCUAAAUUUGGGUAUCAAUAAUCUCACUCUUACUUGCUUUUUUUUGGACAUAUUUUAUAACCAGCUAAAAAGUCCUCACUUUAAAUUUUAAAAGGCAGAAAAGUGACUUCACUGAGCGUGAAAGUACCUUUUAUGUUGCAUUAACUGCUUGAUUAACUAGCCACACGGUUUGAAGUAUCUCCAUGUCUGUCUUUCUGCAGCUCUCUUGAGGGCAUGUGCAGAUGGAGCUGCCAAUCAUCUCUAUGAUAUAACUGCUGGAGUCAGAGACAGGUGAGCUUUUGGACAUUUCCUUUUGAUCAUUCUCACUAUCCCGUCUUCCUCUGCAUGUACAUAAAGUUUGUUUGAAAAACAGUAAUACUCUGAUGCAUUCAACGCCUCUCUUUGUGGUGGCGUAUGUUUGACGUUGUGUGUGUGUCCCAACUGAGAAAAUGCACCCUGUUUAUGCAUCAGCCUUGUUGUGUGUGUUUUUCUGACAAAGUACUGUAUGUGUGCACUCUGAAACAAAAUUUGUGUGUGUGUUUGGCUAAUGGAGGACCGCUGUCAGGAGAGAGAUGGAUCUGGGGUUCUCUGUGUCCCUGAAGUGUUGAGGCCUUCACAUUAACACCCAGAGUGUGAACAUGAGUGUGUUUUGUUGUGGCGCAAUGGCUGGUGUGAUGCCAUGUGUCUGGAUGUCCUUCCAAUUCUAUCGUUAUAACAACCAUUGGAGGUUUGAAUAGUGGUACCCAAUUAUGAUUGUAAUUUGAGGGGUUAGAUUCUUGUAAUUAGACCUUUGCUUUGGAUCAUUCUGAGACUAGAACAGGCUUUAAAGGUCACCUAUAAUAAAAAAUCAAUUUUUGGGUGGUAAGUAAACUGUGUGAAAAUCCAUUGAGAAAUGAGCAGGAUAUUUAUUUUCCAUGUACGUCUAAUGCCUUUAAUAGGAAUGAAGCCCACACCAAGAUGGUUGCUAUGUAAGCACCUCGCUAAGUGGGUUAUGACAACGCGCUGGUGUAUGAAAUAUAUAUAUCUGUGCUAACAAGAGCCUCUCGCUCAGUCGCCCCAAGUCACAACUUCCGCGUCGCAACAAACGAGUGAAUGAUACUUGAAACAAAAGAUUUCCACGCAUGUAUUUUAAACUUCGACUUCCAUGUAAAGCCACAUCACAGAAGGUCAAAUGCUAAGUAGAUUUUUUAUUCUCUGAUUCUUAUGAUCAAAAUGAAAAACGGAAAACUGUUUUCUGUUUUUCAUUUUCCAAUUCCCUCACGGUCGUAGGGAGAUGGUUCGUCUCUCGAUUAUUGUUUUUUAAUUUAAACAUUACGCACAGAUGGACACCAAACGUCGUUAGUCAUGAGAGAUAACUAUGACAUUCCACUUUUCAAAAUAUUGGGUAUUCACCAAAAGUGCUCCAAGUAACGACGAGACAGUGGAGACGUAGCCGUCAGAUAAGAUAACCCACCUAGCAAUGUAACAUAACACACUAACAAAGUCAAAACACAAAUAUAAAGACACAAGGCUUUCUUUGGAAGUCUCUCCCUCUGGGUCAAACUGGUAGGGAUGAACCACAGCGCUUCUACGAGCCAACCCACUGCAUAGGCUGUAAACAUUAGCGUAUUGUGUCGGAGCGAAAACCGCAGCCCCUUCCAGAGAGGGGCGUGGUUACACACAGCUCAUUAUCAUUUAAAGGUACAGGUGCAGAAUCAGCCCGUUCUGGCUGAUAUCCUCAAAUAACUUGGUGUUUUAGACAACAAACUUCAAAUUUACGAUUGUGGGACCUCUGGGACCAAUUUAAACUUGAUGAAAAAUGCCAUAAUAGGAGGCCUUUAAAAGUUAAGAACAAAACAUUGAUUGAAAAAGUUAUUGGGAGCGAGUCCAAGGAAGCUUGAAUAGGAGUGAUGCACUCUUUCGUUUUAGAUCUGGAAAGGAGCCGGGCUGAUGCUUUUUGAAUAAGCUGUUACGCUACAAGGUCCUUUCUUCCACAGUAAAGCCACAGUGUGUUUUGUGUGUCUUCAAGCAUGCAGAACGUGGUUUUGUCGCGGUAUUUCCAAAACAAAACCUGUCGUGUUCUUUUGUCCCGCAGUGUGAGUCUGAGCAUGUUCCGCCCGCUGGCAGAGGCAUCGAUCACAAUUCUGUCUGUUUGUGUGACACUGCAGAUUCAUCUCCUGACCCCCCAGUCCGAGCUCUGUCAGCAGCCUGCGCAGAGGAGCUGACAGCAGGGCCUCCCUCUAAGUUCUGUCGCACAAAGUUAUACAUUACACAGGGAAGGGUAGAGAGUGAAGGGGAAAAAAAGGAGAGCGGAAGAAAGACGGUAAUGCCUAUGGGUGGGAUUGUGGAAAUCAAUCACCGGCAAGUUAAGAUGUAUUUAACCUAAUAUUACCAUAACUAAUGGACUAAAGAGAAGAAGAGGAAGGGAGGAUGCAAAUAAUCAAUCAAAGCCAGGUUUUAUGAUUUUACAGGUAACAGCAGCUCCAAAAAAAGGGAAGAGAAAGAAAAGAGAAACUUAAGCCUGGUUGUUUUGUAUUUGUGCGCAGGGAAAGUGAAGAUGUAACGCAAAACGAAGCUGAGCUCAGCCUGUGUUUGUGUUGUCAUGCAUUAAUGUGUGUGGGUGUCUAUCUCAGGGCGCACUCUUUCUCCACAAAUUAUAUAUGAGUCAAACAGUUACUGGGACAUUUCUCUCCACCCCAAAACACGACAGUGAAAAGCGUAGGUUCCAGCGAUCAAAAAGUAGACUGCUUUGUUCGCCGGAUACAAGCGGAUCAGAGCCUGCUGAGAGGUCCCCACAUCAAAACUUUAGCUUCCACGUCAACUGACUCAUGAAAAGAUCCCCUUCCCUACACCCCCCCUACUUAAACUUCCGCAAGUUCUGCUGACAAAUUGUGCUGCCUCACUGCAGGGGCGCGCGUCGGCUUUUAAGAUUCAGUUUUUUGAAAAAAAUGGGAAGGCAGCAAAAGUUCUCCACAGUCUGUGCACACUCUGACAUCGCUUCGACCACAUUUACUGCUGAGUUGUGGAGAUGUCAGUCACAUUUUUUGUCAAAAUAUCACCGCAUUUCCUGGUACAGUAUCUGCAAACCGAUUGACGUGGUGUUUUGAAAGGAGUCGGGGGGGGGGGUGGCAUUGCAUACUUUCAAUGUCGACGUUGUUGAUCUCCUUUGAAAAAGCAGCCUCCUCAUUAAGUUAGGUGAACUAUAUAUACAUAUCCGUGCGCUUGUCCAUGUGACACUGCUUAUGACAGUUUAUUUUCACCACAACAUAAUGAGGAUAAUGAAGUCUCCGGUCAGGUUAUACGCCAUCUCCGGCUCUGAGACAAGAAGUAAGUGGGCGGACGAAGACCUACAGCUGAGAGAGAGAUGUCAGGUAAUUUCCUUUCAAAACAGCUGUAAUGAUAGUUAUUAUGGAUGAAGAGAGGAGGGAUCACACCAGGUGAUGAGUCCGCUGACACUGAUUUAAAUGUAUAACAUGACAGGAGACAAAUAGCUCCUAUACAUGUUUUAUAUAAAUACUGAACAAUUUAAAUGUUUUUUACCUUUUAUUUCACUGACCUCUCUAAAUUUAGGAUAUGUUCGGCAGAAGACGCAAUAUAUCCUCAUGGAUUUAAGUUACCUGUAUCAGUUCAGACUGGUGACUCUUUUUCUUAAUAAACCGUACAAAACAUGUCUAACUCAUAUUCAUUCAUCCACUUAUAAAUCCAGGUCAUCUUUUCCUGGUAUCGAGUCCUUUUCUACUAAUUCUACAUACAAGAAACGCCAUAAUUAUGCCUCCAUUAGUCAUCUCAUCCACUCGUACCAUUUCUUUGUAUAAUUAAUCUUUUUUUCUCCACAUCUUAUUAUUCUGAAUCAGCUGCUAAUGACGCCCACUUACUCAGGUCACCGGGCUAGAGAGCAGCCAUUCAUGAUUGUCCAUAUAUACUGUGUGGGUUUGAGGUUGAGAAACUGCACGAACCUUGGAUAUCUGAAACUUGAUGGAAAAAUCUCAUCAUGCUGACGUUUUACAGUUCGAUGUGUCACUUAUUGUGAUGUUUUUAGCUGAAAUCGAAAAAGCAGGGCUGUUUUUUAGCUUCUUAGCUAACUUCUUCCCCCUAUGCACAGAAUUUGUGCAUUAAAAUGAUUAUAAAAAAACUAAAUAGUCUUGUUUUUUCUGGUCUGUUUUACUUUUGAAUAUCAUGAAAAUCAGAUAUCAUUGGUAUCUGAGGUGAAAAAAAUGGAUCAGUGUAUCCCUACUUCACACACUUCAUUAAUACUUCUUUUUAAAUAUACAAACCUGGUAAAAAAAAAAAUCACGUUCUUGGAGUCUUAAUCUCAUUAAAUGAACUGAUAAUGAUGUGUUAAUAUUAUACGCCAGCUAAAUAUGUUUUCAUGGACGCUCAGAGCUGAGACCCUUCUGGCUUUUUAGUAAAUCUAACCCUGUAUCAACCCCGUUUCCAAAUGUAAAUCCCACUUUGUGAAAUUUGUGAGUGUAAUCUUAAUCUCUGAGAGGAUAAGAAGUCAAGAGAUAGAUGAACGGGGGACAGGACGUGGCAGACUGUGGGAGGAGAUAAUUGUACACAAGCAGAGUUUAUAAAAUUUGCAGCUGUGCGCCUGUGUGUUUGGGGUACUUGACGAUGCAGACAUUUUAAUAUGUCGGUGUUGGACUUACUGUGUGUGUGUGUGUGUGUGUGUGUGUGUGUGUGUGUGUGUGUGUGUGUGUGUGUGUUUGUGUUUGUGUGUGUAGAAGAGAUUUUCCAGGCACACUUGUGUCAUCAUUGUGUAUGCAUUUCAGUUUGGGGGAAGAUAAUGCCGUCAGCCUCUGCAAAUGAAGUUGUCAAAAACCAGACUACUUAUUCUACAGGACUUAGUGGCACAGAGAUAUCUCUGACAGUCUCUCUUUCUAUUUGUCUGCUAUUUGAUAUUUUCUCAUUUACAUCUCGGGCUUCAUUUUUUAUGCUCUGUAGACAGGCCAGCGCCUGUGCGUGAGGAUUAUAGCACUGAAAUAGUGCCAGUAUCUGAGAGCUUUGGUCAGGAGUUCAUGUGAGUCGACUUGAUUUGUGGGUUUCUAGGGCAGACAUGUGGGUACUUGCUUUUAAAAGACCACAAAUUAGCCUAAAAUACACGGUUACUAUCAUUAUAUAGUGCAUUAGAAGCUUCUUUCUAAUACGCUGUAAUCAAAUUGGUACACCAUUAGAUCUCUUUCACUGCUGGGGUAAUGGGAAUUGCGUGACCUAAAAACAAGGGCGCUGGCCAACAAUAAAGAGGAUUAGACUACAAAUUAAACUGGGCAGGGGGUUUGAUAGAUCAUGGACCAGCUGAUGACUGAAAAGUAAUGACUCUCUUCUCCUUAUUGCUGUCAGUGAUUUUAGAAAUGAUCCAGCAUGAAACACGGUGAUGUGUUAAAUUGUUUAAAACGAAAUAGUAAAUCUGUGUUUUUUUUAUGCAGCAUCAUUUUGCAUUAUGUGUUUUUUAUUGUUUACCAUCCAGUAUUACAGCUGCAGGUCAGUUCUGCUGCCGUUAAAUUCACAGCUACGUUUACUGUUAUUUUUCUUGUUUAUAAUUUCUCAUCUGUGAUUUUUUAACCCCGUCUUUCUAUCACUGUAUUUGCCAUUAGGUGACUCUCCUACUGGAGUUUGUCUGUGAUAGAUAAAUUGAAAUAUUCCCCUCUGUGUAAUUACUCUGUGUAGGAAAUUGACUCGCUGUGUUGGGUUGAUAAGCACAGGGAACAAGGGGCCUUCAAUUUUAAGCUUUAAGCUUUAUUUUUACAAAAUACACACCGAGCUGUUGAUGAUUUUUGUCAAGUAAGUGUUUCAGAAUUUCAGGAAAGUUGAGUGUAAUCACUAUUCUGCCUCUCUAGGACUCUCGGUAACUCUUAGGAGUAAUUCUGAGUUGAUAAAGCAAGAGUGCAUGUGUGUUUUAGAGAUGAGCAACGUGAGCUAUGACUCGGUCUGAUUAUUAGUCUGACAGCCCACAGGCAUUGUGCUGAUUAACUCUGGGAUUAGACGCUGUUGGAUCACCAAUCACCAGAACACUGUUUGAUGAACAAAUCAAGAUGGUUUUCUACCACUCAUGGGCAGAAAGGUGAUUUUUUUAAUUGUUCCAACAAGAUAUCAGCAUGCAAGCAAGCUCGAUCUGCAUCAUCCUGCUCAUCAGAGUCUUUGUUGAUAUGGGAUAUCUUGAUCUCUGCUUGCGCUGAUUGGUCUUUUCUUAUGCUGACCUUUACAGUAUUUCAAAGUGGAUGUGAAAAUUGCAUUCAGCUUCAUACAUGGAUUUACAUACAUACUUAAUUUGAAUGGAAGAUGGUGUCAUUUUUCAGAAACCUGACUGUUUGUUUAAAAGGUACAUCAAAUCAGUUUCUAGUAUGAUCCUGGCUUGUCAAGUAAGUUUAACAUCGCAUGAUAUUCUUUCGUCUGGCCCACCUCUUUUUGCUCAAAAGGAUAUUCCGGCGUCAAUUUAAGUAAUGGCCAAACACACCCCCUCUUAGACACACACACUCUUCUCCAGCAGCUGCUUGUUUGUGUUGUGAGCCCUGACGAGUCGAUCACCGAGUGCAGUGGAGUUUCGCAGCUCAAGGAAGAACAUUUAUGAUUUUUACUUCAUGGAAAUGCAAUCAGACCAAGACGCUUGGGCAAAAGAACCACUGAGUCUGCAGUGCAUAAUGAUUAUUAUGAUGAUUAUUACUUAAUGGAAAUGAUAGUUAUGAUCAUAAAUGCCAAACUCCGCUGCACUAGGUGAUGGACUCGUCAGGGCUUCCCUACAAACAAGCGGCUGCUGGAACAGAGUGGGUGAGUUGUGUUUGGUCUCUUUGCUAAAGAAUUCAGGCAAGUUAGGUGCUGUUCUGAGCAUUAUUUGUGGCUAUAGAGUGGCGUUUUGGUUGAGGUUUGCACAUGGAAACAUAGACUGCUGUUUAUUGCUAUCCUGCGGUUGUUGCUGAAGUUGGUAUAACUAGAGAAGCAAGCAGGGAGCGAGUAAUAGACAUGUUUUGAGCAAAGUUAUUGCAAAACAGGCUGCAGGAUACAGCCAGAGAGAGUCCAGGUCAUGGUGAACUUUUCACACAUGAAUAUUGGUUAUUUCGAGAGGAAAAUUGACAGAGCUGGCCAGCAAGGAUAUGUGCCUGUUUACAGAAGAAGUCACGUUGUUGGCUAUCAGACCACAAUGUGAAGGCCACUUAUGGGAAUAGGACUAAUGAUGCUAUUGGGGUGGUAUUACAAGGCAACAAAGGAACAGUUCUGGGGAUUCUAGGGAUUUUUGGGCUUCUACUGUCCGUCUGAUUGUCAUAGGUUGUGUUUGAUGGUAUAACUAAAAUAAAUCCCGGGAGAGGCUGCCAGCUUGAUUCUGUCUUUGUGUGGUUCAUUUUUGCACCUUUGCAUCUAUGAAUUUGACUAUAUCGGCAACGUUCAUCUCUCAAAGUGGUGUCUAACUCGAUGUUAUGGUGUGUUUGACCAUGUCUUACAUUUACUCUGGAAUAUCCCUUUAAGUUGGCAAAAUCCCAAUAUACUCUUGCAGGAUUUUCCUGUGGUACAAGGUCUGUUAUCGAGCUUACUCCCCUUCAUCAGCUGCUUUUAAGUCAGUCAUGGUGGCGCUGAUUUGAACCCAUCAAAUAAUACUUAAACAGAGAUUGUAAUCUGGGUUUUUGUCAUGUGGAAUAAAACAAUUUGCAAUCAAUAAUCAAGCUGACUGAACACGGAAGUACAAAAACAUGAUCAUGUAGAUGUCAAGUAGAAACGUAGAUGGAUUUUUGAAGCGGUGACUUGUACAACACACCACAAUAGAGCCGAGAAGAGGAGGGGAUGGACAGAUAUUACAGAAGUGAUGUUAGAAGGAUCUAGCUUGAUGACCAUCCUGCCAGCUGCAAAUCCUGUGUCAAUCCCAAACCUAUCUAAUGGAUAGGUGAAGCUGUACAAUGUUCGAAGUAGUCGAACAUAUUGAAGUGUUGUACUUUGGCUUGUUUAUGUAUUUAGGUCAUUAAUGAUAAAAUCCAAAAUACCCCCGCCAUCCAGUCACCAGCCUUCCUCCUCUGAUUGGAGGAUAAGAGGGAUGAGAGGAGUAAUCAGAGCUGCAUCUUCACAAGUGAUAGAAAGACGGGGAAAAAGAGAAGAGUGUUUGUCAUGCUGUUAAUCAGGAGAUGAUGAAAGAUACGAGGGAGGAUACAAACAACAACAUUUACUUUUGAUGAAGCGGUCAUACGGGGGGAAUGACAUCAUUUUUAGUCAAUGAAAUGAAAAUAGACGAGGAGAAAGAGUAAGAAAGUGCCGCAAGAAUGUUAUUAUUUUCAACUGGGUGAAGCUGUGAGAUUGAAGGUAGAUCCGCAGAAAAGUAAAUAUUGCUGAGUAGAAAUGAGUCUCAACUGGAGGAGAGUCUCAAGGGGAAGGCUGCAUGUGAAGGAGAGGUGUUUAUUGGCGAGGAAAGGAGGAGGAGGAGGGAAAAAAAAAAAAGCAAGGAUAGAGGAUGCAGAGCGGGACGCACAAGCAAGCUGAUAGACAAACACAUACACACACUCACACACAAACACAGGCAAAGGUCACACAGCCAUCCCCGCCAUCCGAUACACAGACAAACUGGCGGUAAAAUGCUCUAUUUCCCAUCCAAAUUAAAGUGUCAGUUAAUAUUAAUGUGGAAGUGAAGACUGUCACACAUACGACACACAAACACACACGCAAACGGCGUUCAAACUCACACGCACGCCGACACAAAAUGCAGGAUUUAGAAUCGCGCCUGGUCAAUUACUAUCAGCCGAUGGAGUCAUGCACACAGGUCACAAUGGGGUGUGUGUGUGUCUGUUUUGCAGCUGUUUAUGUGUGUGUGUGAAGCUCUUAUCAGGCCCAGUGUCAAGCCUCGUCUCGGUCUGUCGCAUGAAGGUUAUUUCUAAAUGGAGAUAUUCCAAACGGAGUGAAUAUGCUUGUGUUUACAUGUGUAUUUUCAGGGUUUUGUGCACUUUUAUGUGUGUAUUUUUGUGUGUUUUGUGUCCGUGAAGGGGUUUAUGAGGACAAUAAAACUUUUUACCUGGAUUAUUUUUUUGUGUUUGGCUCAGGUAGAGUUGUGUUUGAUUGUCUUUGUGCAUGCCUUUGUUGUUGGUGCGUGUGAAGUGUGCGAUACAAUUGCCGUUCUGUUGGUCUUGCUGUAUCUUGGUGUUGGUGUAAAUGGGAACGCAGGAGGGGGAGGAGGGGAAGGAGGUGGAGAAGGAGGAGGGAGGGAAUAAUCCUUCUGUAUCUCUUUCUUCAACCGACCGGAACAUCGCUCCCGCCUCUUGCCGGAAUCGCACACACGCAGAUAAACACAAAACACACACACACGCACAUUCAAACACAAACAAACACACAACCCAACCGAGCAUGAAAUCGUAAUGUCAGACCUGUUAAUGCCUCUAGAUAGCGGCAACCACAUCCCUGCGUGGUCCUGCUCCCAACACAUAAACACACACACACACACACACUCAUAAAUGGAAUAAACAGAGAGCUAUCUGUCUCUCUCCGACAGGAAUCUUCACUCAGUCGUGGUUGGGAGAGUUUUUGGCUGUUUUCACUGAUUUCUGCAAUAGACCUCGUUAAUUCCUACGCCCUGGGAAUGCAACUCCUCAAAACACAGCUCUACUUUGAAUGAAGGAAGCACACAGAGAAAUUUGAAUUCAGAAUUCAGUGUUUUCGCGCAAAACUUUUCCCUUACCUCAUGCCUGGUUAAAUUUGUAGUUGUUAUCCUCUCAAUUGCAUGUUUUGCCAUAGUAUUCGCCAAGUUAUUCGUUAUUUCUACACUUUGAAAGCAUUUUCAUUUAUCACGGCAACAAGAGAAAUUAAUUCUUUUUUUAUAUACUUUUACUGUCGUAUCUCCCGUCAGAUUUUUUUUUAAUGCAUUUCUUAUCAGGUACCACAAACUUCAAAACAACCCGAUUAGUGUUAUUGUAUUCUUGGGCUCAAUCUGAAAAAUACCAUCAAUUAUUGAUAAAGUUUAUCUUGUGAAGAGCCGGUUGCUCAAUAACAAAAUAAAUGAAAAAAAAUAAAAUUCAAGGAUAAGAUGAAACAAUUUUUUUUAGAAUUGAAACCCAACAAGAAAGCUAUUGACAUCUCUCUUUUUGUUGCAUUACUUCUCUAUUAUUUGUUAUUUUCGCUCUUUAUUCACUUUUUCUCUCAGUUUAAGUUUUUUUUUUUAAACUGAUUCCUUUUAUUUCUUUCUCCUCAUCCAUAUUUGAUUUUAAGUUUGUUUCAAGUUUUUCCUCUUAUGCCCUCGUCCUUUCUUGUCAUUUGCUGUGUACAGGCUAAUCCUGACAGGAGGUCUAAAUUCCUUCCCCAUCUGAAAUGUUGGUGCUGGACUGCCCACACUUGCACCUUGAAAGCAGAGUUUUUCCUGAUUGCUCUCGUGCAAAAAUCGCAGACAGUGUCUAAAAGCACCAUGGCAACACACCAAAUGAUGCGGACGACUAAAAGCACAAACAUGGAUCACUCAUAACAUCAUGACCACCAGUGCAAUCUAAUACAAUCCAAUACAACAGUACUCUACAUCGGAGCCCCAUCUCUAUUGAACUGUGCAGUGGGAGCACUUCACUGUCGGUGCGAGUGCAUACACUGUGAGCGUCAAUCGUAUAUUGUAAAGAAUUUAUUUAUGCGGUGAUAAGUUCACUUUCCACCACUACAUUUAUGAAACUGUAAAGUGGACUUUUAUCUUUCUCUAAGGGGACGCUUUUAGGCCUUUAUUUAAGAGGACUUGACAGCCCAGAUGACAUUCUGCGAAGAGCUUCAGGUUUGCAUGCAGCCUCUACUCCCACCCAGAUAUUUUUAUUUGCUGAAAAACAGAUAUUCUGAGAUUUUAUUUGAAUUUAAAACAUCCUCUGUUUGUUAAUAUGUGGAUGCUCAGAUCAUAAAUCUAUUCAUCAGCUGGAUUUUUACCCAUUUGAUCUUUGACAAUAAUUGAAUAAUAUGCUAAAUCAUGAAACAGUCAGACUAAUGUGGGUGAACAGUGAGUGUCAAACAUUUCAGCAUUCGGCUUGUUUUUUUCUUCCACUGUCUCCCUCAGCCGUCCACAUGAAUAACCCCAUUUCCAAAAUACACACAUGGAUUAUUUAUAUCGCCCAGUUUCACCAUUCAUUUUUACAGUGGACUCCAUUGAUUGAGCACAUGUCAAAACACUGAAGUGCGGUGUGACCUACAUUAAUCAAACCAAUACUCAGCUCUAAUGGAGAGGAGAGUCACUCGCUGUAACAGAACAGGUCAAUAUCUGAUGAACAACAGGUACAUCAUGCUCUGUUUGCUAGUGUGUGUGUGAGUGAGGAGGUUUGGGAUUAAAAUCCUGUCCCGUCAUUAGCGACUCACACGAACUGUCUGUGUUAGACUUUAUUUGGAUGUUUUUAUCUAUAGUCUUGCUUGUGUUUGCUGCCUUAUGCGAUGAAUGUGUGCGUUUGUGUUUUCCCAUCAAUCUAUGUAUCUUCUGCAGUCAGCCGUGUGUGAGUAAAAGGGGCAGCCUCAGUGCCACAGAGAAUCACCCUGUCAGUCUCCAUGUCUCUUCGUCUUCCCCGGGCGCCGUCACUCGUCUCCCUCGCUGCACAGAUCAAACAGCUGACACAUGCCCUGAUGUCCUCUCUCUCUCUUACCCCUCCUCUCCUCUAUCCUCUCUCUCUGCCUCCUUCUUUGGAUCGUAACCCUCUCCCCCUCUGUCACUCAUCCUCUCUGUCUAUCCUCACAUCCAGCUUCCUCCCCGACUAUAUCAGCGGGGAUUUUGAUUCCAUUACGUCCGAGGUCAAAGCUUUCUUUUCAGACAAGGUGAGUGGAACUUAAAACUUUCACACACCUUCAGACCUACAGGUGUAGACCCAGAGGAAGAACUCACACACACACACAUCAAUUUAAAGCAAUAUAACUGAGGGCAGAGGAAACAGUGGUAAUAAAUGUUGGAUGUGGAGAUGACUAAUUUUAAAAGUAGGCACCUGUUCUCCCAAAAUGACCCCGACACUGUCACAGCAUUCAGCCUGAGGAACCCACCACGAGAUUAACUGUCAACUCAGCUGGAGUGGAGAAAAACAUGCUCCCCGAGUUGUGGGUGGUGUGUCAGGGACACAGAGCUCGGAUCGCGCUGCCUAUAAACGGAUCAGCAACUAUUAAAGUUGACCGGGGCUAAAUAUCCCGGUUGACUCUCCGGGACUUCCACCUGCGGAGUAAAGAACAUGCAGACUGACUCAUCAAAGUGGGUGCAGCUGUGCGGUCAGAGCACUCAAAGAUGCAUUAAGAUCAAGUCAUCAAAAACCGCCUCAGGAGGUGGUCCGGCUCACAUUUAGCAGGUAAAAUUCACAAAGUGCUCACGGACCAGGUAGACUAGAUGUCACUUUUGUUCCUACUUGAGGGCUUUUAAAUCCAAGAAGGGACAUCUAUUCCCCUCGCUCUGUUUACACACAGGAAGAUCUUAAACUUCAAUACCAUCCAGUAUUCUGCACUUUACAUUUAUAGACUAACUUUAACAAAGUCUUGUGAUGGUGGAUAUCUGACGCUCCUUUAACUAGAACAUUAGCACAAAUCCAUGACCUUGUUAAAAACAUGAACAAAACCCAAAAAAUGCAUGUACCAAAAUAUUCUCAUGUACUAAAGGCUGAAACAUACAAGGAUCCAUAUUGAGUGCGUAAUGUCAGCAUCGAGUAUCACACAGCAAAUAGGUUGCCAGUCUAAUCAAUGAAGUAUUGCAUACGGGACGUGUAUCAGAAGCGUAUCGAGCAUAACACUGCUGAAGAUACAUGACUAGUCUAUUUUUGCUGGUCUACGCUUCCAAUGCGCGUCAACCCAAAUACAGAAUAAUACAGGAGAAGUUCAGCCAACAGUUUAAGCCAGGCCAGCUAAACACGACAAAGGAGAGUACUUUUGAAAAUGAUAGGACUUUUUAUGUAGAAGAGAUUGUGCAAAUUGGCUCAAAACUUAUACUGUAUAUUGUCUAACUUGACCAUAGGGGCAGAGAGUUACAUCUGAACAGCUGUGCAAAGAUCCAAAAAGGAGCUGAAUAUUAGUCAGACUUCAGGGAUGAAGAAGUAAAGGACCAUCUAAAGACACUUUUUUUAAGCUCCCGCUAGCACAUCCAUCCUGGCAGUGUUAAUUUUGUGAAUGGAAAUUUUGACACUAAAUGUUCAUUAAUGACCUUUUGGUCCAUGUCCAAGAGGAGAUGAUGAUGAUGAGCAAAAAUACACCCAUGAUAAUGAAACUCUGAUGAAUGCCUGUUUUUUUAAUCCUUUAAAAUAAAGUACAAGCAAUACAUCCAUGUAACGGACCCAGUUAGUUAAGGGGACAUGGUAGGAAGAAAUAUUAGACGUUGUUUCCUUUCAACUUGAUCAGUGGUAGCACGUGGAUAUAUUUUCAUAUUGACAGUUACAGAGGUUGCAUAAAUGAGCCUUAAUGAGCUUGAGCCCUUACUUUAUGUUAAGUCAGAUUUCCCGGCUCCGCUGCGGUGGGAUUUCUGCUGCGGUAAUCAUCUUCACAAUCUUAACAUACCAUUAAUUGGUCUGCAUGUGUUGAGCACAUACAUGUGCGCAGAAGAAGCAGAGUUAAUGAGCCAGAGCCUGGUCUAUUAAAAGAAAGAGGACGAUGUUACGUCAUAAAAAUAGCUCUGCAGCAGGUGCGGGUGCGCCUGACUUUUGAGGGGGAAUGGAGAUGAUCCUAUUUGUCUGAUUUAUGAUAUGGCAUAAACAGAUGUGUGAAUCAUUAAACGACUUUUUACAGCGUUGUAUCCUGAUGUUGUGAGUUUUAUCCCCAUCUGAUUUGGCGCAUGUUGAAUCAGAGCUGUAUUCCCUCUCCAUAAAGGCUAAAGGCUUUAAGCACCGCCCACUAAAAGUCUUUGAAAAUCAAAAACACAAGUGAUGGCCCCUCUUUCAGGAUCUUGGUGGAAACUAUUGCUGAACAAGAUGACAUGUGACGACACUAAUUGGUAAACCCCAUCAUGUAUGAGUGGAUUAUUGGGGCCUUAUUCUUUAAAAUAAAGAAUAAAACAGACCAAACCAACUUGUCUGAGUCUGACAUCUUAUACCACAUACUCUCUCACCGUAGCCUUAACUGUAAAAGUGAGCGGUUCUCAUCAGCAAAUUUCGACUAAACUAAAAAUGCAAAUUCUGCUCAAAAGUGAACUUUUUUACAACAAGCAGUAUAUCUAACCCCAACACUAGAGGGAUGAAGCUAGGUUUAAUACAUAAUAAAUAGAGGGUAAGAUGUCACAUAAACAAACACGCACACACUUUAGAGGAAAGAAAUUGCUGCGCCCGUGCGAUCUUUGGGCUGUGUUGCCAUGAUAAGACCCUCACUAAUACACAGUGUUUACAGUUGGAAAUGUGGAUCCAAUACCACACCGUGCACACACACACACAUACACACACACACAAAUGAUCACACUCUCCCACAGAGAUACGGCUCGCCUUCAGCUGUGACUCCCCCUUUUUUCUCCUCCCUCACCCUUUUCCUCCUCUCUCUGUAGCUGUCUGUAAUAUUAGUCCCUUUUCACAAAUAUCACACAGGAUGCCUGUGAAAAAAAAACUGAAUAUUACCUUUUUUUUUCUCUCCAUGAGAGAGAGCAGACUUUUAUGGCAGUGCUUUAGGAGCAGAACAAUGGGAAAGUUUGAGGCGUUCCCUCAGAGAUUUGUCGGAAACGGUGAAUAAUUCUGCAUAAAUGGAAGAGGGAGAACAGAAAAGCAAUCGCAAGGGAGGGAGAGAGACAAGAGGAGGCAGAGAUGGAGGGAGGAAGAGGAGGAGGAGGGUGGAUGGGAUCAAACAGAGCACAGCGAACAAGUUUUUCUGAACUGACUUCUCUUUGUGUGUGUGUGAUAGAGAAAGUUGGUGUGUUUUUGGCGGAAAGUCUCAGUGUGUGGAUACAGAAGGAGACAGGGGCAGAGAAAGCCAGAGCACGGUUGUUUACCUGGAUGCUGUACUUUAAGGCCACUGACUGGAGCCUUUUCAUUAUUCAGGAACACAGCCCACCGAGAGCCAGACAAGACUAAAACACUGAUUUAUACCUCUCUCCAUCCCUCUAUCUCGCUCUGUUUUUCUGCGCUUUGUUAUCCCCCUAUCCUCUAUCUGUGCAGGGCUUUUUUUUUUUUUGUUCUGCUAUCUGUGUAUGUGAACGCCUAUCUGAUUGUGUUUUGUUGCCGGUGUUUGUGUUUCCAUUUUUCAAUGUACAUAGGGGUGCAAGCUGAUAGAAACAGCAGACCAGGAUCUUACGGACUUCACAAAGUGCCUCGCAAUCAUGGUGGAGGAGAUUAAGAGGCGGAAGUUACAGGUAACAUCAACUACAACCGACACAAUCUGUCACUUCUACUACACGGCUUAAUCCUUGAUUGAAAUUUAAACUGCCUGUCUGACAUUUGAUGCAACAUUUGGGUAUGGCAGGUGUUUAAACUCAUUUCUGUAUAUCUUUACCUUAGGGAGAAGCAGCUAUCCUGACUGUCUAACCACAUACAUUUCCUUUUGCUGUUAAACCUACACAUUAGCAGUUUUUAUAUUGAUUUAAUCAGUCAAAAGCUACAUUUAAAAAAAAUAAUAGGGUUUGUGGGCAUCACCCACACUGAGAUUUAUAACUGGGAUAUAUUCAUAGGUUAAAACAAAUGAGAGCACUGAGUUAAAAGCAUAAUUAAGCACAUUUGAAUAAUGAUAUGUCCCUGCAAAGUAAUUAAAGACAAUCAAAAUCCAAAGACUAAAAUGUACUUGAUUUUAAUCUUUUUUUUUUUUUUUGUUUUAAUUCAACGUUAGUAUUUACAGUAAACAUCUGUUCAGUUGUGGUAUAUUCACAGCUUGAAUAGAACAAGCAAUAUUUGUCUGAUGCCGACAUAACUUUUAAGGAACCUGUGAUUGUUAAAAGGUCUCAAGAAAGGAGAAACGUAUCCCAGUAUUUCAAAUGAUGCUCCCGUUUUACAAGUUCCCGAUACGUUUACAGUAGGCCUGAACGAUAUAUCGUUUGACUAUCGUCAUCGCGAUGUACGUGUGUGCGAUAGUCACAUCGCAGAGCCUGCGAUAUUGGAGGUGAAUGAACUCAUUUAAUUUCAAGGGUAACCGACUGAGAUACACUCCAUGUGACUCUGCAUGUGCUGUGCAGCGAUCCACCAAUCACCUUCGUCCUUAACUCAGUUGCCAAUCAGACUCACUUCUCAGUUGCCAAUCAGACUAUCCUGCCAGCUGUCAAUCAAAAUCAGGGAGGAGAAAACCCAUCCCUGCACAUGUUCUGCACAUGGAGAGAGACGUGUGUCCGCUGAGAAUUACUUUCGGAACUUUACUCAUGACUAUUAAGCCCAACAAAUAAGAACUGUAUGGGUUUUAAAUUGUACAUUUCCGUGGACCACUCAACUAUAAGCAGUGCGCGUUUUGCGAGGUGCAUGCAAUUCUCGGAGGACAUGCAUUUCUCGGUACAGCACCGCUAACAACAACAACAACGAUCGCAAAAUGAACAACGAACAAGCGAAAACCACCGAAAAUGAAGAUUUGUUGCCAAAAAGAAAAGGAAAGUCAGUUAUCUGGAAUUAUUUAGGCUAAAAGAAGGAUGAUGUCGACCAAAACACGUUUUCUGUGUUCAUCUGUUUCCGCAAUAACGUCCCAGCACAAUAAAAGCUAAAAAUAUCUCUGAGACAGACAGAACCCGUUCUACUAACAUUCACAAAAAGAGGUAAGAUCAGAGCAGAUUAACUGUCCUCAAGAUUUCAGCAGUGCAGCAUAACAUUAAGUGUUAUUCAGGUCAUCUGGUGAAAAUACUGUAUUUUUAAUAUCGCAAUAUAUAUCGCAGGGUUGAAAAAAUCGCAAUAUUAUUUUUUUCCAAUAUCGUGCAGCCUUAGUUUACAGAUCCACUUAAAAGCAGUAUUCAGUAGAACAGUAUCCAUCAUACGUCUUCCACCUCUGCUGUUUCCUUAAGGAAAAGUAGGUACAUGUCAAAAGUGUUUUAUUAUGAUUCACUCUCAGGAGCCAUUAGUAAUCAUUGUUAAUCAUUAUCUGGUGACAAGAGGUGAUAUAUGCCUCUGGGAAUGAAUGCCAACUUCUAGCCAGCAAUAGCAAAAACAGCUUCUGCUUUUCUGUGCUGCGUUCAAGACUGUAAUGUAACAAAAAUGCUGUCAUUCCUCGAGCCAUCAAGGGAUUGCACCUGCUCAUCUGUUACAAGUUCUAGUUGGUCUCAGUUUUACAGGAGACACACACAGACGCUCCACUUUGGCUUACUUCAGCAACUAUAUGAACCUAAAGAAGAAUUCUACUCUUGUGAUUUCCUUCCAAUUUAUGGAUCUAAAGUUGCCAAAAUAACAUCUUUCUUUUCAAGAUCUGUUAAAAGUACAAACUUGAACUUGGUUUGUCCUUAAGUGGGGAAAAAAAUCCUUUGAAAUGCAUGUUUGUUGAACAGAGACCAGAUUGAUCUUUUCUGAUCAUUUAAGGGAACCAGUUCCUGUUGACGGAUGUUUUUAACUCAUCCCCAAGUAGAGUUGUUGUUUAAGUUGAAACUGAGAAAAAAAAGACACUUCCGCAUUGUAAAAGACAUCUAUACCAGUGUCUUUGCAAGGGAGAUUGGUAUCGAAUCGAACUAAGCAGGGGAUUUGUCAGCAGCCCUAAUAUGGAGUUCUGAGAAUCUGUCAAUCUGCACAUAAAUUUAUACUUCAGAUUUCUCAAGAGUGCAUGAAAAGAGUAAAUCCCAGCAUCACAAAAAAGUUCACUAGCACUGGUCCACCUUGGUUUCCUCAAUAGAAUCCAAGAUGCAUCAUUGUAAGCAACAUUUAGCUUCUGUAAGCUUGAUUUUAAUACCUCAUCCACAGGGGGGCAGUAUAAAGAGGGGUACAAUAUGUCCUGAAGAGAGUUAUCUUGACACUGUCAGAGCACAGAGAAUCUGCGCACCAAACUGUUGGCCUGAGCAUAAAGCAUUCAGCACUGUCUAUACAAGUCAUCAUCGUCACACAUAUCAGUAAUGAUGUGCCCAAGAUAUUUUGUUCUUAAGAAUAAGCCUUUGCCCUGAAUGAUGAAAAUUUGGGAAGUUGAGGUCCCUAUCUCACGUUUCUUGUGAUCCAGGGUAGGUCCCUGGUCAACCUGCCCGAACCCAAGCCUUAUAGGCCUCCUUUGCUGCAGCGUGAUGUGUGGCUACAUAUUUAUUCCAGCCAAAUUAAAUAUUGUGAGGAUUUUUUUUGCAGCACAAAAUAUGAUCUACUAGCCUCCAGCAUUGCUCCUUUAAUUUCUUCAUAGAGGGAACAGAGGGAUUUCCUGUAUGAUAUAUCAUUGCAAUUUAAAUUUGAGCACAAGACAGCAUUUUAGGUAAAUAAACCUCUCCCAAAAGCACACAGUUUUUUUCAUAGUUAGACACUAAAUCCUCAUUUGGGAGUUUAUCCCAAUCUAGUUUCAAUUUCGGGCUAUUUAGCUCUCCGUUAAGAUCAGGAAGACUAAACAUCCAGGCUCAUGACAGAUGGUAUAUGAUCAGUUAAUGAUGUCAAAUACAGCAUACUCGUAGACUGCAGGAUAGAAUGAGCAUAAGCAGUACUUAUACAAUGAUCAAGCCAAGAGGUCGUAUGUAGGAGUAGCUACUUGGGUGUAAAAGCUGUUGACUGGACAAUAUCAAGUUGUUAUCUUUACAGAAUUGCAUCAUAUGCCGAGCAAUCAGUGAACCUCCAUCUCAGAUAUCAGCAUUUAAAUCCCCAACAAUGUACACACUUGUGCAGUAAUUAUCAUGAAUAAAUGGAUUAAUAAAAGCAAGGCAGUUUCAAUAUUCAUCCUCAUUGUGUUGACACUCAAAGGUGUAAACAUUGAGAAUGAUUAGCUCUUUCUUUCCAACAGUACUCUGCACAGCAAUACACCAUUCAACUUCUGCCCUGAUAACCUUUAAGAAGGGGUCCAGCUUUUUAUACCACAGAAUAGCCAUCCCUCCUGCAAUUCGACCAUUCACCAAACCCAAAGAAGUCAGUUGUUGAUUCACCUGCCCUUCUUCCAACACGCAGUCCACGACAAUUGUAAGAGACAACGCGCAUGUAACUAAGAGAUAGAUGCAUUUGCAGAAUCCUCUUGUACAAGAACUGUAGCCACAACAGCCCCAUGAACUUCUUGCUCAUAAUAUCGCCGUACAAGGGAGGCGUCGGGCCAAAGCCCCGGGUUAUAGCCUACAACAUCUCCAUGACAUUCCCAUUAUAUUCAGUGCACACAAACGAACUACACUUGUUGACAAGUAACAUCACGGCCAAACCUUUGCUUCAGAUAGCCCCUCAAAGUCUCCGCAUCAAGAUAAGCAGUAAAUCUGGAGACAAAAACACUCACCAGUUUGAUGUUCCCUUGCACAUCCGUGCCGACGAUAGGCUCCUGCUUCACCUGUGCAGGUCAGUCGGUGCGUUGCCUUUCUCAGGUGGUGGCCGGUAUCUUGGCGCGCCUCUUUAAAUUCUUUCUCCGCUUCACAACAUGACUCCAAUUCGGUGUAGCCGAUGCCCGGGCAUGCAUCCGACACAUGCCCGGGGUGUCGCUGGUACCUUCGGUGGAGUUAUGCUCCCCGGUUUUAGUCUCCAAUGCAUUAUCCAAGGCGGUAGCUCCAGCCUGCGCGCUCUCUCACCUGUGCACCCCGCGUCACUUGAGGUGAUCCGGCUUUAUGCGCCGCUCUGUCCCGGCUUCAGAUAGAGCUCGACAGCAGCGACUCUGCGCUCGGUGGUUGAAGUCAUCUCCCGCAGCCCCUCCAAUGUCAGUUUGGUGUUUAACGGCAUGCCUCAACGCUCCAUAUUUCUCAGCAGAUUAGACACGUCCAUGUUGUUAAAAGUCACAGGUGGCAGCUCAUCCAGGUAGUGAGACACGAAUGUUUUCUCACACUCUUCAACACUUUUAAGCAACUCUUUUGUUAUUUAUAUCCUUCUGAUCGGCCAUGAAGGCCACACAUUGCUGCUUGGUGCCAGGACAGAGCUCAAAGAGUGCCCUCAUCGACGACUCAAUCCACUUUGAGUCUAAAGUUUUUGAGACUAACAAAACAAGUUCAUCAUGAUUCAGAGUUUUUAUCUUGACUGCGAAGAAGUUUAGAAACUCAUAUCUCUACAAUGACUUUGCCAGCUAGCGUCUAAUAUAUUACAGGUUUCAAACGCGGCCGACUGAAUCCAAGAGCCAGCGUCCAUCUGCACGCACUGUCCGCCAUCUUGGUUUGUGUGUCAGGUUCGUGAAUGAAGCCCCAUGUUUUAAAGGCAUACACCUGUGAAAAGCAUUCGUGCAGCAGCCAAGCAGGCCUAUAAAUUUUAGCCAGAAUCGUUCAGUUGGUGAUACAAGCAUGAAAUGUGGCAUAAACAUUUUCCAUGAGUCACUUGACUAGAAAACAUAGGUCUUUAGGGGCUCCUUAAUAAACAUAUGUUUGAGUAAGAAAGAAAUACACAAAGGAAAUCUUUAAAAAAAAAUGGUCACCAUCUUGAAAUAGAUGCAGCUAGAGGCAUUUUCUUGUGAAGUAAUUUAUGGGGAAUGGUCUUACCACUUUUCAUGUUGAUAUCACCAACUUUUAAAUAUUUGCUCUAAUGAGAUGGCAGGCCUUCUUUAAAAUGGCCUCUAUGUUGAAAUUUCAAGCAACUGGGGGCAUUUUCUUGUUGAGUGACUCAUGAAGAUUGCUCAUUAGUGAUGUCACAAGAUGUGCCGAGGCUUCAAAGCGUGUGUGGGCAUUUUUCCACAAAGCAUGUAUUGAGGCUUGCUUCAUCUGGGGGGGAGCCAAAAAUGAUGAAAAAUGAUCCUGCCUGGCUGUACCACGUCACUGAUUUAAAAACGGUUCGCAGGUUUGGCAAAUGAAUGAACCAAUGAAGAAUUCUUAUGCCAAUUUUCAUGCUUGUAUCACCAACUGAACAAUUAUGUCAUUUAUCUGCUCCACUACAUUGUUCAGAAAUGAUAUUGUUGCUGGUUUUUAAACAAACAGCACAGCCCUGAAUGAAAUAAAUAAAGGUCUCCUCUCUCUCAGCUGUGGAGAGUUAAAGGCCCGUAAGCAAGGCAUCAAGUCCUUAGAUACUUAGGAUGAGUUGCUCAGAGGUCAAUAGAGUUGGACUGUGGUUGACUGUGGGCAGAUGGGAGGUGUGAGCAUGUGUGGGUGUAUGAAUAUGAAACAGUGUGCUGCUGCUGGAGCAGAAAAAAAGAACAUGCAUGCAGAAUCAAGAUUCCCUGAAGAAAUAAACUCUGAAAAACAUUAUUGGAAUAACAUUAGCUGCAUUUACACCUACACAUAAACGGCAAAGUAAACACGGUUUGCUGGGAUUCAAAUGUGUUACAUUCGGUGUGAUCUCUUUGAAGUGUGAAGCGUCCCCUAACAACCUGAUAUCCAAAAUUCUAAUAUGAGCCGCCAGCCGGAUCGAAGCCCCUCGUGCCCAGCCAGCUGCUGCAGACACACAGUGAUGUGAUCCAGAGAUUGACUCCAUUUCCAUCCUGACUCCCAAUAUGUCAGCCGAGUGUGCGUCACAUGUUUAUCCAUCAUUUCAUGUAUCUGUUUAUUUUUCCAUUUCCACUCCAUGAUGUCUGCCUUGCUCCCCUGCCUCUCCCUCUUUCCUCACCUCUUUAUUAUUUCCAUUAUUAGAAUUUUCUCGCAGGGUGCUGAGUAUUGCUCCAAUCACCGCCGAGUGGGCCAAUCACUUCACAUCUCUAAGCUGAUGAAAAACCACAAAGAAGACGCUCUGCAGACACACUAAAACACACUUCACCGCACACAUGUUGCCACAUUGUGCGCUUCUUUUCUGCUGUCUGCCUUUAAAAGCAGAUACACUUUUUGUCCUUCCCUACCACUGGCUGUUUUCAGCCCUCUCGGCCAGGCUAAUAUUUACUCUGCCUUUGAACUUAAGCUGAGUGUUUGUCCGUCAAUCUGCCUGCGAGAGAUAGGAGCCCGGCAAUCAGUUUUGUCGUACUUAAGAGUUGCUGAUGAGGACUAUUUUGUUUGUUUACCAGGUUUUGUCCAAUUUUCUUUACCCGGAUGACUCUUAUUUGAACUCUUAUCCUCCUCAACACUUUGUGAAUAGACGAAAACUUAAAAAGAAGAGGCGGUUUGAUAAUUUAAUACCGGGCCUUGUUGUUUUCUCUUUCACUCACCUGCACUAAUUUCCACCUGCUGAGCCUGUUUAUAUGAAGUAAAUACAUAGAUGAGAUAAUAACAGAGUGAUUUGCAAAAAAUACAGAGUGAUGUUUUCCAGUUUAUACUGUUUGAGAUUCAGCACAUUAGCCUCUGAAUGUUUUCCAGCGCACAGCUUAGCCGUCGAUUUAGAGAAUUUAUCUCAUAAUGUGUUGGGCUAAAUCACAAAGAAUGGUAUCCGAGGAUUAUAGCGGGUGUGGAUGUGUUUGUUUGUGUGUAUACAUGUAUUAUUUAUACAUAAAUGUGUUUACAUCUCAGAGCAUGCAUACCAAAGUGUGUCCAAGUGUGUGUGUAUAUACAGUUGGGUACAUUUUGUUAAAGUUGUGUGCGUGAGUCUGUUGUCUUCUCUGUCCUAGUUAGCUUCACUCUCCGUUGCGAGCAGAAACAGAACCGCUGUUUUCAUUUUCUCUUCUCUUUCUCUGCUUAUCUGUUCAUCAUCCCCAAAUAAAUGGAUGUAUUUUUUUGUGUGUUUGUCACUCAGCCAGUUUUCGUUCCCCCCAGCCAAUCAGGAGUGAGAUUCUCCUUCUUUUUUUUUUCUUCUUCUUUGAAUAAACAAACUUUUAACGGGAACAAAUACGAACUGUUAUUCAGAGUUUGAUAUGCGUAGCGGACACAGCAGAAGUUUGAUCCGAAGCGGAAGAUUGAGCAAGCCACUGUGUCAUUGGAAGCUUAAACACAAUACACCUUUUCUUCUCGAGUCAUUGCACCGUGUUUUCUUCCAGCGUUCUUGACUUUAAGCUUUUCUGUCCCCUCGUUUUCGGUGACUCACUGUGAAUUUUGAACCGACUGAUACCCUUCACUGACACUGUUCACUGAGUGUUUUUGCCUGACACCCCCUUCCUCCCUCAGGAAGAAACUUUGCUCGUGUCAGGGUUUUCUACUGUAUAAAAACUGUUCUUGAUAAGCAAAAAGAAACUUGGGAAGGCCCUUAGAGUUGAUGAAUCGAUCGAGUGAGAAGAAAAAGUCAGAUUUCUUUUCCCUCUGGCUCAUAUACUGUACCUCCAGUACGCUUGGACUAAUAAGGAGAUACAUUAUCAAUAGACCAGCAGUGCACACUAAAUGAUACAGUCCUGCUGCUCUGAAUACAGACUAGCCCAAUCUUUGUCCUCAAACCUGAGCUCUGAACCAGGGGGCAGGGGGGAAAGACCCUCUCUAUUUUUAAUAGUCAGUUUAAAAUGCUCCUUGUUGAUAAAGAGCUGGUUCAGGCCUGGGUCACCUCGUAUUUAUGCCGCUAUAGAUUUUGACUACAUUUACACGAGCCCGGCUAGUUUCAUAAACGGACAUUUAACCCUCUCUGUUUACAAAAAAAAACUGCGCACACCACCAUGUUUUCAGAAAAGUUUUCGUUUACACUAAACCAUGUCUAUACAGUACAUUAUGUCGUCAAGAGCAUAUCAAACAUGUGGGUGGCAGUGUAGCGAGAAGCUCAAGCCCACGUUUGCCAAUCAGAAUCCCGCAUAGCAGCAACAACAGCACCUUCCUUCUUCCUGUCACGCAAUCUGCUGUCGGCUACUCGGUUUUUAAAAAAGCAUCAUUUUUAGGGGCGAAUUCUCCGUUUGCGUCUAAACGAAGGGUACAAACGAUGGUUAAUGUCUCUGUUUUUAAAAAUAACUGGGUACAUAUAAACGGGGCCUUAGACUAAGCUGGGUAAGCCCCAAAUAUGUGUUCACACUUUGGCAAAUAUCUCCCAACAGAAGCUUUCAGUAACAAUUUCAAGAAUAACACCACCAACCUGUUGUUGUAAACUGUUAAAACUUCAUUUAAUUAAUAAUGUUUUGGUUCCUUAUUUUACGAGACACCUCUUUUGUAGAAAGAAUUAAGUACCAGUGUGUUGUUGUCACAUUAAAUGAAUUACUGCAGAGUGUCACUUUCUUCUUCGAGACGGGGUUCAGAUAGAAAUUAUUUGUGAAGAGGUUUUGUUUUUGUUAGAGGGUAGUAAUUACGCAGGUUUUAGACAUUUAGGAUUAUUAUGUAGCUAUGAUUUUUUAAUCAAUUCAUGGUAAAAGCAUUUUGCAAGUGUUUCUCUCUUCUGCUCUCUCCGUCCCUCAGAGGGGAGUUUGUUAGCCAAUGUUGUUGUUUACACUAAAGGCAAUACCUCUGCUUGAGGGGGCGUUAGCCAGAUGUUCAAGUAACCCCAAUCUCAGCACUGUGGUUUGUUUUAACUCCAUUACCUGAGGCAGGAAGUUAGCUACAAUACAUUCAGUCAGUCUGGUAAAUAAACUAUUUUUCAUUGGAGAUAAAACACAGGGAGGAUUUGAUUGCUUUUUGCGCUGAUGCUUUACAGGGACAGAAGAUACUCUCAUCGCUUAUGGUAGCUGAAAUUUUUGGAGUAGAAAUAGUCAACCAGAGAAUGACACCAAAGGGAUGUGUUGUAUUUUUUUAUCUGAUAUUGUGUAGUUCAGAUAUGUUAAUAUGCAUAGACUAUAUUCUGAGGUGAAUUAGAGAAACCCAACUUUAAUCCACUGAGCACUAAAAACAGGCACUGGAAAGACUAAGACAGACCAAACUUAUGACUGAAUAACCAAGGAGCUGGUCCAAAGCAAGCCCACAGACAAGCUUUUUAAAUAAAGUUUAAAGGCUACUCUUGAAAGUGAAGCAAGUGUCUUCAUCCUCUUUUUAUCCCUGAACUUGUAGACGACUCCAAAGAAAAGGGGCCUGAUAAAUGAAGGGUCCACCUCCCAUAUUAUUCUUUGAGACUUCAGAGACCACAGGCAGUGAUGUGAUUGAGAGUGUGAUGAUUGAAGGGGUACAAGAGAACUGAAAGAAAAAAGGAUUUUAAAUAUUAUUUUGGAUCUCACAUGGAGCCAGAGUGACUAAUACUGGACAUUUAUUUAUUUUCAAUGUUUGUGUUGCUUUUAGAAAUGCAAUAAAACAACCAAACAUAAGGGAUGUACGGGCUGUUUUUCUUUGUGUUUUGAUACAGGACAUGUCUGUAGCAGGUGGUCCCUAAGAUUAGUUUUAUGUGUGGGUUGGGGAACAUGUCCAAACAGUACUUCCAGAUAUAUUCCAGUGGUGCCUGAGGACCAAGCUCAACGAUUUUCUAUAAGAGUAAUAAGCCUUUAAAAUGCUGUUUGUUUGUUUAUUUGUUUGCUGUAUGUGGUUGAAGCAAAAUCACGGAAGUGAGUGUGAUUGACAGUAUUUUGUUGAUUUUGGGAGCUGGCGUGACUGUCAGUCGUCACCCUCUGACAGCACCUCUGCCCUCUACACUCUGUUGGGUUUUAAAGCUGUCAGCACCGGUGCUUGACUGCUUGGGGAGUUUGUUUAAGGAUAUAACUGCUGAGAGCUGUAAAUAUUGUACUUAAGUGAACUGCAGGCUCAAAGUUAAGACAUACUUCAUUUUGACGUUAGAGGAAAUGGAAUUAACUCCUGUAAUCCAAUUAUCCUACCUGAUCUGCAGUAUUCACAUCUUAAUUUUAGAAAUCAAGGACUUCUCUCAUUGUAAUGACCCAUAUUUAUUCUUUGAUCUGCCAAUGAUAGUUCUCGCUUUUUGAGCGUUUCCAUGUCCUCAUCGCAUUCAUGUUGUGACUGCUUUUGUUUUUAUUUUUGUUGCUUAAUUACAAAAUUAGACUGGAGAUAAGGAUGUAUUUUUUAUUGCAAAUGUAAAAAGACCCUAACCUUUUCAUUCCAUGUAUCCUCUCCUGCCUUUUAGUGGAAUUCCUGCUCAUUAGUCAUUACUGAUGAUCAAAAUGAAUUGAAGAAAGGAGGGAAGGAAGGAAGAAAUAAAGGAAGGAAAAAGCAAGGUAAAAAGGAAGGAAAGAAAUGAAGAAAGGAAGGAAGGAAGGACAGAAAGAAGGAAGGAAGGAUGUAAGAAAGAAAGCAAGGAAGGAAAGAGAGAAGGAAGGAAGGAAGAAUGGAAAGAAGGAAGAAAGGAAAGAAGGAAGGAAAAGAAGGAAGGAAGGAAGAAUGGAAAGAAGGAAGUACAAAAAGAAGAAAGAAAGAAAGGAUAGAAAGAAGGAAGGAUGAAAUGUGUCUCCAUAUGGGAGUCUUAAUCCUGACUUAACUUGGAUCUAUUGUCUGCAUUUGGACCUGAAAGACGGAGAACAAAACUCAAACUUACUAAGUAGAUUUGUAGGACAGAUGUAAGAAUUAUAAUAUUUACAUCAAUUGUUUUUAUUCAUAAAAAUAGUAGGAAUAAUUAUGUUAGUAUUAGAAGAUACUUCAGAGGAUAUUUUUUUAUUUACAAAUGUUUUUGCAUAUAGUUCUAAUCAUUUAUACAACUUCAAUUAAAGACUGCGAUGUGCAUAUUGCAUCUCCAUUCCUGUUUUUUUUUUUCAUCUAACUUUAAAAAAACAAGUCUAUUGUCUUUAAAAGUAAAUUAUUGAACUCACUGUGACUUAAAUGUGUAAAACAGUAACACAGCUGUUUCUUCAGCCUGCUGCUCGUCACCUGGUCUGACACCUACCCCCUCACAGGAGUUACAGGCAUCAAAAAUGACUUCAUAAUAACUGUCACUCCUGUCAUCGAUGGCCUUGUUUGCCUCUGUGGGUCAUAAAAGGCUAUCACUGUUAAUUUCAACCUGUUUCAUAACCAGUCAAAAACUCUUCACAAUGGCUUUAAGCAAUUCGACCGCUGUGUACAAACAAGACGCUCAGGAAAAUGGUUUGUCUUGCGCCUGUUUUUUACAGUUUAAAGGCUACAUUAAACCUCAAUCAUGCAAACAAAUAUGACUUUUCUGCUCCUCAAAUGAUCGUGUAAUAAAACCAGAACAUUUGCUGUUUGGGUUUUUCAGAAAAAUCUCGAUUAAGACAAUGAAAAGCGACUUUUUCUUCCUCUUUUUUCAUUUUUUUGAAAGGAACUGAUUUUGAAAUCUACUGAACAGAUGUCAGUGAAAUUUGAUAAAAAAGUAGUGAUUAGUUUUUUGGCUCAUAAUACUCCCACUUAAAAAGCUCCUGGUAUACUUUAUUGAUUCAUCCCUGCAAAACAUGUUUUGGAAACUUUGUUCAAGCUGUACCAGAUUUGACUCAGAAACUGUCAGUUCUACUUUGUUUGGCGUUCCUAAAGAGUUUAUUUCUUUUAUUAUAAGUUGUUAAAUUUUAUUGUUUCUGCUUCUUUUGUCAUGCUUGCUCUGAGCAUAAUAUUUCAUGGCAUUUUACACAACGAUGUCUCUGCAACCUCUGCUAAUAAAAAUGACAACAAGCAGGUUCUCAUAAAUCCAUUAAGACAAACCUUUUCAUCCCUGACAGAAAUUGUUUUUACUAAAUCUACGUUAAAACUACCUGUCACCGUGAGAUUUUUUUUAAACAUAGUGGAAACCUGUUUUAAUUGCUCUUUUCGCCUCUGCAGUACUUAUCCUGUCAGUUCUGUCUUCUGAAACAAACAACAGCAUCCUGUCAGAAAUCCAGAGAAGCGCAUCCCUUUUUCGUGUCUGACUCACUUCUGUUUGUCUUCUCUUCCCAGGUGGAUACCAUAGUAACGCUGGGCGGUUUGGCGGGCAGAUUUGACCAGAUCAUGGCAUCUGUUGAGACUCAACACCACGCUUUGACCAUCACACAACUCCCCCUGUUGAUCAUACAGGGGACUAGCCUGGCAUACUUACUCAGACCGGUGAGUGAAUAAUAACACAUGAAGCACAUAAACUCUUUUGUAAAAUCCUCACAGUCUAUCCCUGAUAAUUGAUAUUAGAUUGUAAAGCCAGCACAGAGAAAUGAGCUGCUGCUUCUCUUUUUAGUUAGUUUUCAUCGAGCUAAAGUUGGACUUCAAAUCUUUUUUUCAGAGUUGCUCAUAAAAGCUUCACUCACAGCCAUCCCUGCAGUAUAUUUCCACCCCGCUGGAUUAACAUUCUGCUCUGCUGUAAUAACAUCUUCUCCUCCUUAGUCACCCCUCUACCAGUCCUUCUUUUCGUUUCUGUUCUCUUUAAAAUCUCCUAUUUCGUGCUGUGCUUCCACCUUGAUUGGAGUGCUGAACACUUUGUUUCUUUGUUAAGUAAUCACUUCAAGAACCCCCACACAUACACUUACACACUUCUGCUCUUCUGGUGCCCCAAUUUGCUGUUGUGCGCGAGACAGACAGUCUCUUUUGAUGCUCCUAAAUUGUUUUUCCUCUACGCCAGCCACUUUCUCAUGCUCCUCAGUUGAUUGAGUUUACAAGUGGGCCAAGCAGCCACCAUUUGGGACGCACGCUGCUCUGCACUUUUUUUCUUUCUUUCCCCUCCCUCCUUCCCCCGUGUUGUUUAUUCGCAGGAUCUCCAGGACAAACAACAAACUGUCACACUUCCCGGUGACACCUUGUAAUACUUUAAGUAAACCUCCCUCACGCACACUCCCUCCCUACUACUCGUCAUUAUUCCAAAGGCGCGCUGUCAUUUGCUGCUUCAUACCUCGACACCUUCAAUUAAUCUUACUUCAGUGAGGGUAAAUUAAGCUCGUUUGUCAACGCUGCUCCAAUUCGCUAGCGGCUGAUGAACGCAGACGGCUGUACAUGAAGGUGAACGCAACCUUCGAAAGACCCGCCGCUGUUUGCUCAAGUUACAUCUGUAAUUGGAGUGUUUACAACUUUUACCAAAUAUCCUCCCCACUUGUUUUCCGUGCAAUCACAGCUCGUUACGUGCGAAGCUUCAGGAUCAUCUGCUACAAUCAAUAAAUAAUGCUUUUCCUGUCGCACACAACCUGCUUAAACAUAAUGCAUUAUAUAAUUAAACAAGGGGUGAAUUUUAUUUAGCAAAUUGGACAAGUGUGGUUUAUAUCAACUGGAAAAAAAGCAAGAAUAAACCUGGAGAUAAAAGCAGUAUUUUCCUAAUUUAGAUGAAACCCAUCUCAUCUUAAUCAGAGUUUAUUUCAUCAGGUUGUUGCCUUUGUGUUUGUCUGUUCCCAAAGCGAGGUGUCAAAAUGUUACUUAAUUUUCCGUGGGAAUUAUGCACAAGUCAUGAGUUUUCUAUAGCUGGCUUAGGGCAUUGCAUAAUUCGCCUAUCUUUUAUUCAAUUAUGCGUAGGGACAAUGCAAGGGCUGCAGAAUUGUUUAUCCCAAGUCUCAACACGACAAGGAGAUGUUAUAAUCAGCGUCGGUCCCUAGACGAUGUCAAAUAUACUCAAAAAGUUGCACUCAUUUAAUCUGUUUUGAUGUUCUUUUUUUUCAUCAAGUCUUUAAGCGGAGACACAUUCAGAGAAGGCACUUUCCCAGCCCCUCAAGAUACUUGAAGUAAAACAUGAUGUCCAUGUUUUGAGAGCAGCUCCCCCAGCCAGUAUCGGCCCAAUCACAGCCAUAAAUCAUCCUGUGGUCGCACACUCCAGGUCAAACAUACAGGCUUGUUUUCUUGAUGCCCUUUAGCAGACUGAAACUUGUCAGUGGACGAGCUGAUUUGAAUGAUAAAGUGUUGAACCUGAGGGCUCGUAACUCAUCCCAACUUCUGCUUCAGAUGAGACACAUAAACAGGAAUGUGAGGUAAAAAGCUGAUACUGGAUGUUUAUAAGAGCUGGAAUUUAUAAUUUAGUUUGAUGGAUGCAAUACAAAUAAGUCUUAACUUUAACAAAAAGCCUUGUAUGAUUUAAAAACUAGAAUAUUACAGCAUAAUUUUGUGUUUUUCAAAAGGUACAAGUGAUCUGAUAAAAGCUGAAUUUAAUCUAGAAUUAAUCUCAGAGUUCAGCUCAAAGGUAUAUUUAUAGAGACAGCCUGUGCUUUCUGCAAAGAGAGAGAUUAUCUUAUAACCAGGAGACUGAUCAUGAACAACAUAAUAUUUCUUUGGCACUCCUUUAAACUUUUCUUUUACUGCUGUGCACACCAGCCUUUUCACAUUUCACAACACCUUUUUGAACACGAUUUUUAAAAAUUUAAACUGCCCCUCAGAGUUCAAUUAGCAGCCCUCGUCUUCUUCUUCUUCUUCUUCUUCUUCAUGCCUCAGCUAAAAACUUACUAUCACAGUUUGCUGUGAAUUCUACACCCGGAGGAAAGCACAGUGUCAGCCUGAAUUAGGGCUCUACUGCAUUUGUGUCUUCAUGCGCAAAAACACAUACAUGUGUUUCUUGUUUUCUCUGUUCCUCAUACGAAGUCUCAAUUUGACAAACACACAAAAACAAUUUAACUAUAGAGCACAACCUUAGGGGUGUAUCCUGAAUAAAAAAAAAACAUGUAAAACUAGUGUUUGAUCCCUUUCUCCCAGUGGUUCCAGAGUACUGUCUGCAUAACGGAUGGUUAUAUGACACAAUACGAUACAAGAUGAUACGAUAUAAUACAAUAUGAUACGAUGCAAUAUGAUACAAUACAAUAAAAUCUGAGAUGUUAGGAUAUGAUACGAUACGAUAUGAUACAAGACGAUAUGAUAUGGUACAAUACGGUACAAUACAAUAUGAUACAAUAUGAUACGAUAUGAUACAAUACGGUACGAUACGAGACAAUACAAUAUGAUACAAUACAAUACGAUAUGAUACGAUACGGUACAAUACGAGACGAUAUGAGACAAUACAAUAUGAUACGAUACGAUAUGAUACAAUACGGUACGAUACGAGACGAGACGAUACGAUACGAGACAAUACAAUAUGAUACAAUACAAUACGAUAUGAUACUAUACAGUACAAUACGAGACAAUAUGAGACAAUACGAUACAAUACGAUACAAUAAGAUACGAUAUGAUACAAUACGGUACAAUACGAUACGAUAUGAUACGAUACGCUAUAUUGUCCCCUCAGGAAAAUUUGUCUUGGACUCCAAGAGCUGCACAGAUAAAGCUGCCAACUGAUGACGUAAAGCAUUAGACCCAACAAAGACACACUUACACAACCCACACACUCUUCACACACACAUAUUACACAAGAAUCUCACAGACAUGGUCAAAAGAAACACACUGACAACAAAUAACAAUGACAAAGAAUAAGACACAGUUAUAGUAUUGGUGACAUAGACUGUUGGAUUUUGAAAAGGCAUUAUGAAUCCCAGCCAAAGCAGGCCUUGAGCUUCUUGGCCAAACAGCUUCAUUGCAUCUACUUUCGUGUUAAUCCAACCAGGCCCCCUGAUUUUAUGGUCAUUUAUUCUUGGGGUCUACAGAUGUUGCAAAGCCCAAUGAUGUUAGUCACCAUUUUAACAUCAUCAAGAGCAGCAAGAACAGUCUCAUCUGGGAAAUAUGUUUCCAAAGACAGGUGUGAAAUUGGGUUGGUAUCGUUCAAAUUCUUGCCGUUUUUAAUUGAUGGCAGAUUUUCAGAGUCCUGCUUUUCCUCUUACAUAAAAAAGAAUAGUGGAAUGUACCUUUACUCAUUUGAAAUAGUGGCUUCUUACCCACCAUUGUACUUUAUAUUCCAAAGUGAACUGCACUGCUUUGAGUACUGCUAGGUCAAUGGUAUAUCUUUAUUUAUAAAGCCAUUCUGGGCACAAUACCAGACUACUUUCCUCCCUUUUAACCCUGAAGGAUGGACUCCACAGCCUUCAGUCAUUAGGUAUUGUGCAGUUUGUCAUUCCCAAAGUCUGAACUGAGUAGGUAAAGAAAGCUGUAAGGUUUUCUACACCUUUUUUUUUCCUGGAAUAAUGUACAGACUGAUUUGAAACUGCAAAACUUAGUUAGCUUUAAUGAAUUCAAAUCUCUUUGUUUAAAGUCUGGAGGCCAGGCUCUCAGUCUUCACUUGUUUAAAGACUCUUUUAGUUCUGCUGUAUAAGCGUGAUUGUUGUGUUGUUGAAACUUUGUCUCUUGAGAAAAAAGAUGCCUGGCUGAAUAAAGAUCAAAAGGUUUUAGCUUUUUGCCCAAACUUGAGUUAACUGAUGCCUAACAAAAAGCUACAGUAUACCCACCUGUCUGCCAAACCAGCCAUGCCCCUGGUUAUGCCAGGAUAUGCAUAAUUCUUAGACUUAAUAUAAUAUAACCAAAGCAGAUGAGGUACAAAAUAAAGUACCCUGCAGUAUCAUUCUAAUGAACAGAGAACUAUGUUUUCCCACCAGGCAGUAUGCAUGUUUAUUUCUGCUGUAAAAUGGGCGUUUUGAUUCGGGCUUUGGUUCGGUAUCCUUGGGCUCUUAGAAACAGCCUCAAGCAGACAUUUGAGGAACUGCAGGUUUUUUGCACGUCUACCUUGGCUUUUGUUUUAUAACUGAGGUUGCUGACUCGGUCCAGAGCUGAGAAUGGACGUCUUUGUCUGUAUGAUCACUCUAAAAUCCUGAUCUAUGAUUUAGCUGUCAACCCUUGUUGUCUCAGUGUUUAAGCUUGUAUCCCAGCCUGCACUUUUGGCCCCGUAGAUAUUUGGUGGAAACUUCAAUAGACAAAUUUGGUGCUCGGUUUCUCUACCUGACACUUGUUUAUUUGUGCUGGAAUAAGACUGAAGUGUCUCUUUGUGUCUCUAUUUUGUAAACUUGAAUGAAAGAAACUUUAUUUGACCUUUCCAGGAUCAGACUACCAGUGCAUUCAGAGCUCAGUAAUUAUUCAGUUUGAAGAGUUUGACACUACCUUGCACUUGCACUGUAUGUUGCUUUUGCUUUUUCUAUGAGAGCCCUGCUCUCUCAAAGGGAAACCGUGACAUUCAGAAAUUGUGUUCAUGUUUAUUUUCUUUGUAGAUCGUUUUCAUUGUAUCUCCCCAAAAAAUUUUUAAAAUCUGUACCCAAGACCUCUUAACUCUGUCACCUUCACCCCCGUUGAAAGAUAUCUCAUUAGAUACACUGUGAAAGCCAUUGACUUCAAGUGUUUGCAGCCCUGUUAAACUGCUGAGUCUUUCAAUAGUAAAAUCGUGUCAGUAUGAGAUAUUUUGACUCAUUGUGACACUCAGUUAAGUAGUUCCUUAAUAGAAAUGGCAAGGUAUUCUGUCUAAGUGUGGGCAGUGACUAAAUGGGUUGUGGCAUUGACAAGAGCAAUUAUUACUUUUAAUGAGUCUUGGUCCCUGAGCGCAGGAGCUUAGGUUCUCACUGGAAUAAGAAAGUUUUCAAAGUCUCACUUUACUUUUGUUCUCUCUUUCUGUUUCAUAAACAUCUAAAAAAAAAAUUAACAUUUGUUGAUGUUGUGUGCGCAGGGCAGCCACAGACUGGGGGUGAACACAGGCCUGGAGGGGGACUGGUGCAGCCUCAUCCCAGUAGGUGGACCCUGCAUAACAACAACCACUGGGCUCAAAUGGAACCUGAGUGAGUGCUGUUUUUUUUCCCUGUCUUUCUUUUUAGCACUUGAAUGAUAAUCCUCAGCCGAUAAUUAGUCUUCAAGUUUUCUUAUUACAAAGAAAAAAUUAGAGAGAGAAAAAAAAAGUCAUUACAGGGUUUUGACUUCACUUCUCAGCAAGUGUCCUGAACACUGGGAGCAAACAAUGGAUCUUAUUUUUCUGUAUAAUUUGGCCAAGUUCAAUCAUCCAGCCCCCCUUCUAGUUGCAUGUUUAAAAGAUCAUUGGAAAUAUUGAACUUGAAAAUAAAUGUUUUAGCGCUCCUAUUGAUGAGGAAGUUCUCGCAAUAUGAAAACAGGGGGAAUUCAACAUCAAGCGUAACGACGACUCCCUUCGCUACAGCGGCUGGCUGUCAAUUCAGCGAACUUAAAUUUGCAUCCACAGCCGAGUGGAAACAACUUUCACUGAACUUUCAUCAUGCAUAAUAAGAUACAGUUAAGCGCAGAUGCUUAAUUUGCUUCAGUCAAAUGUUACCGCUGUUCAUAAUAAAGUUUCAUGGGUUGAGGACACACACACACACACACGAGCCACAAUGAAGCUUUUUAUAGUCUUGAGCAUUGUGGGAAAAUUUAAUCAGACACCCGUCUGAGCACCCCCGGGGUCUUACCCAUCUCUAAGCCUCACGUCCAGCUGUGUUCUUAAUGAGUUGGCACAGACCGGACUGCCACCAGUAUGAGGGCAACCUGGACCCUCUGUUGGGGGGUUGCAUAAUGUGUCUGUGUCAUGGUGGGUGCUGGUAGUUCAGGGUCUGUGUGUGUGUACGUCUGAAGGAGCAUAUACACUUGAGCGAGCACGUGUGUGUGUCAGAGCUUGUUUGAACAUGUCUGUAUACGUGUUUGAAUAGGGAUGCAUGUGUGUGUUUUCUGAUGAGCUACUGUGUGUUGUAUAUUUACUCAGCACACCUGUGAGAUGGCCUUCUGAAUGGUAAUGAGAGGGACUUUAUACAUGAGAGUCCUAUGCAGAUCAGCCCGUGAUAACAAGAUGCCUAAUUAAUCACAUGCAUAUUAAAAAGGCUGGAAGUAAUGAUUUCCCAUCGGGGCUGGAAUGAAGGACAAACAUAUGAAACAAAAACCAGAAAUAAAAGUCUAUUUUUCUUCUUUUUCCUGCUUGUAGAAGCACUCAUGCGCCGCAGUACGAUUUCCUGACUCACAGUUUUGUUUUUACUCUUGAGUUUGUGGAAGCACGAUUUUCCGUGUACUUUCAGUGCACAUACUCAGGGGUCCAAAUCAGCUCUUUGCCACUCUGGGUUGACAGUAAGACUCUUUAGAAGUCCAUUGAAAUGAUCCCCACACUUGGGUUCAAAGCCUUUCUGUGAUGAAAAAUAUAUGAACUCCCUCUAAAGAAAGAGGUUUCAGGCUGUCAGCCAUUACAAGCCCUCGUGGCCCAAAGGAGACUUUUUGCUUGCACGCUGAGUUUGUUUUAACUUUACAUUAAAGCCUAAAAUUCUGAAAUGAUUCAUAUUGUGUUGAUCCAGAGUGUAAAUUUGGGAUGAGUACUUGGUUAUUAAGCAAAGGUUUUUGUAAUUAGCUCACUCAGGGGGGGAGUGUGCAGAAUAAGCUGUAACACUAGUGGACUGAGUUAAUUAUAUCAUGUGGUAAUUAUUUUAUCGUAGUUAUGCUGAUGUGAAAUUCUCAGACACAGAGCACAUGUAUGCUUGGAAAUCUGAGCUGUAGCUCUCAUCCAUCACAAUAUUACUUACAGUCUUGUCUCAUAUGUCACAUCAUAUUUCAUAAUCCUAUCAUUUUUUUACAGCGUCCAAUUCUUUCUUUAAGAAGACAAAUCAGAGGAACUUUAAGACAGAUCCAAACACAUUUACACAUUAUACAAAAAUAUGUAUUAAAAAAAAAGAAGAGUUAUAUUCCCAAUGCACAAAGAUGGAGUUAGCAGUAAAAGUAAUAUAAUUAUUAGCAAACAUUUUCAAGAUGAAUGAGGUGGUGGCAGAAAUUCCCAGUCACUGUAAACCUAAAAUGCACGACACAAAUGCACGAAGGACUCAUUUGGAGAGCAAAUUUAAAUAAAUACAUGUGCGGGUAUUUAUAUUAAAGUGUAGCACUGCUGCAUUGUUUGAAUAUUGUGUAUGAGCUGAUAAUUACAGCUCAUUUGACUGUAGAAAGGCACAGUUGCCCUCUGCAGGAGUUAGCAGUUCAUCUUCAGUGCACUUGACCACACCAUAGUGCAGGACAGAAAUGCUGCAGACUGGCACAAGUACACUUUGUUAUUUACUCAUUUACUGCUAAGCAUCUUUAUUUGAUUGGAAAAAAAAAACAGCACUGGUUUUGGUGCAGUAUGCUACUUAAUACAACUUUGCACUGGAUGCAAUCACCAAAGUGGCCGACAAUCCAAUAGCACAGACAUUCCUCAUUAGAAAAAUCAUCCUGCAAAUUCAUAAUCACGUGCACAAUCAAAAAAAAGCUAGGGCUGGGAUGAUGUGCUUUUCUUCCGAUUCGAUUCUUCUACAAUUUUUUUGGAUGCUGAUUCGAUUUAAAUCGUGAUUCUACGGUAUUGUCAAAUUUCUUAAGUUUUAGUCUGCAUUUUUAACACCAGUGAAACAAAUGAAUGAUUACGAUGGUCUACUGACUAUUUCAGGAACCUUAUUCCCCCCAAAAUACACAUUACAUGUAAGUCGGUUUUUAAGAUUUAUUCUUAAAUUUGAAGAAAAAGAUUUUGACCAUAAAAAUCGAUUUAAAAUUUGUAAAACAUUAAAAUCUUGAUACUUAUGUGAAUGGAUUUUUUCUCCCACCCCUAGUAAAAGCCCAUAAUGCUUACAUGCAACAACGAAAGAGAGAACAUGCUUGAAAAAGGCCAAAAGGAUAAAGGUGCUGCAAAUACUUAAAAUAAGUCAUUUUAGCUCUACACUAAUACUCCAUCUUGUCUACCAGUGCUAACAGGAAGUCAGGUUUUAGUCACAUUGUAAUCAGGAGAAGGUGAAAUCAUAAACUCUAGAUGAGUAGUGACUCUCUACCAUAUGAUUUGUUUGAUCAGGUAUUUUCAAGCAUCGCCUUUGCUGUUCAAGAAAGAGUAACCGUAGCCGCACAGCUGGGUGAUUAGUGAGAACGCCGGGUAAAAAAACGUCUCUAACUCUUCCACUCAAAUCACUUCUGUUCUCAUGCCUCGAUUCGCAGCAUUUUUCUUUUCUUUCGCAUGUUUUCUGUGUUUGUACCAUCUUGGAUUUGAAUCAUUUAUGUUAUUGUGACACAUUUCUCUUAAUGAAGAUCGGUGGGGCUUUGCAGAUGGGUUAGCUUUGUCAGCUACUGUAUAUUACAGAAACAAAUCAUGUGCAACGAAUGAUUGUGUGCCGCAGCAGGUUCUAUUGAAAUGCACUUCGUUAUUGUUAUUUAUUAAAACAUGGACUCGUAAGUCAUAACAUCUUUAUCUUACUUUUCAUUAUUGGGAACGGAAAAACAACACAAGGUAAAAAGCUAAGCAAAACCCUUUUUCACUGAGUCGUAGUGGUACAAGCCAUGUCAAGAAUAUCUCAUGGCUGAACGCCAGUUGAUAAAUUUUGCUUUCAUAAUUGCUGCUUUGAGACACAAGGGUCUCACAGAUGCGCAAGGGGUGAACUAUGCCUGAGCCUUGGAGCACACAGGUCGACGCCCUGCGGAGCAUGGAGAAAAGAGACACUGCUGGAAGCGCAGUCGUCUCCUGAAAGUCAUGACAAAAGCAUCUGUUCAGAAAAACUCUGCAGGCAAUUUGCACACCAUGUGGAUCAGUUAAGGCCUCGGAAAAACCUAUGCAUAUGAAUCAAGCAGAGGAAAGAAAGAAUGGAAAAACAGGAGGUGAAAGUUGGCGAGGAAGCUGGAAGCCUGAUUCUUACUGGUAUAAUGAACACAGACAAAAGGAGCGAUUAACUGAGCUAUUUUUAUUCCCUGUGCCACUUUUUUGCACCUAGAGUGUCAUUUCUACAUGUAUAGGUAGCAACGCCUUAAAAAUCAAGUAUACAUGAAAUGCUUUAAAGGGAUAGUCCGGCGUAAAAUUAAUUUAGGGUCAAACACAUCGUAACAUCAAGUUGGACACCCCCUCGAGAAAUGAAUAUUACCGACCGCUUGCUUCUCAAGUUAUACCAACUUUAGUUACAACUGCAUGAUAGCAAUACACAGCGGUCUGAGGAGCCAUAAACAAACCUCAACCAAAACGCCACUCUAUAGCCACGAAUAAUGCUCAGAACAGCACCCAACUUCAUCUACAGUACAUACAGAGUCCCAGCCACAGCACUAGCCACCAAACUUCUUUUUAACCUUGCCUAAUUUCUUUAGCAAAGAGACUAAACACAACUCACCUACUCUCUUCCAGCAGCGGCUUGUUUGUAGCAAGACCUCAGGCCAAUCCAUUACAGACUACAGCAGGGGGACGCAGCUCAAGGAAGAACAUUUAUGAUCCCGCUGUAGUCUGUAAAGGAUUGGCCUAAGGUCUCGCAACAAACAAGCGGCUGCUGGAAGAGAGUAGGUGAGUUGUGUUUAGUCUCUUUGCUAAAGAAAUCAGGUAAAGUUAAAAAGAUAUUUGGUGGCUAGUGCUGUUGCUGGGACCCUAUAUGUACUGUUGAUGAAGUUAGGUGCUGUUCUGAGCAUUAUUUGUGGCUAUAGAGUGGCGUUUUGGUUGAGGUUUAUGUGUGGCUCCUCAGACCGCUGUGUAUUGCUAUCAUGCGGUCAUUACUAAAGUUGGUAAAACUAGAGAAGCAAGCAGUCAGCAACAUUUAUCUUUUGACGGGGGUGUCUGACUCGGUGUUAUGAUGUGUUUGACCUUUACUUAAUUUUACGCCGGAAUAUCCCUUUAACAGUCAAGUUUACAUGAAAUGCUUUAAGCAGGUUUUUGAUGCAAACUGUUACUGUAGCUGAGCUUUGGUUGUUAUUUUGUGCUUAUGAGUUUUUAUCGCUGCCAAGUUGUUAAGAUAUUGAUUGCAAGUCAUAUCGAGUGCAUGGACCAUCUUUUAUACUUAUUAGAGCUUCAGCCUGUUGGGCAGAGGAGAGGAGGAAGAGCAAUCAGAUACAUGAUAGCGGCAGAGGAAGCCUGUGAAUGGCUGUAGUUUAUGAGAGUCUUUGUAUAGACUGCUGUCUGAUCAAAGGACUGCACUGCGGUGAUGAUACCAAAAGAGAGGAGUGUACUACUAAAUAAUGAAGUCACCGCAGUGUAGUAAAGGUAACAGUGUAGGAGGGGGUGCACACUUUAAGGAUGAAGGGACUUCUGUGUAAUAUACAUGCAGGAGGACAGAGAGUAGUGUACGGUGUCUUUAAGUGUAGGAGGAGGGUGCUGUCUGGAGAGAAAGAAAUCAUUUUUUCACGCAUUCUGCAAAACGAUCACUCUCUGUUGUAAUUGACAUUGUUCUCCUUAUGUUUCGUCUUCCCUUUUACCUUCCAAUUUGGUCUAAUUCUCAUCCUCCCUCUGUCUCCCUCUCACACUCACACUAUCUCCCUCCCUCAUUAUUCCAAGCAGUGACAGCUGAAGCGCUUAUCACUUUAUGUACGUUACAUUAAUUUUCAAUCAUCCGUUCUUAAAAUCCCCCCAGGAAAAUGUCAGUAAAUAGUGUAGUAAUGUGUGCGUGUCUGCACAGAUAUUGCUGUGCUUCUGUUUGUACAUCAAUUGAAUUCAUGCUCACACGUAUAUUAUAAAUGGGUGACGGGGUUUGGAUAGCUCCUGGCAUUAUAUGUAAAUGAAAGGAUUUUUAUAAAUUCGUGUUUGAGUGUCUUGUUUUCUCUUGAUAUUCGAGAAAUAGACAGUCGUUUCCAUUGUAUCUCAACCUUUGUGUCAUCUAGCUAUGAAAGUUGAGAUUGAUCUACACUGAAGACAGACACAUGCGAAUGGCAGUAAGCCAACAUGUCUAUUUUAUUCGUCCAGGCUGAAAACCUAUGUUUAAUUUGAAAAUUGUAGGGCUGGGAAAUGAUGGAUUUCUAUUAUAUUAAUCUAUCUAGAAAAUAUGGAAGGAUUAGGGCCACAUGGAGAGAAAAAUAAAUAAAUACAGGAAGGAGAUUAAAGACAAAAUUUCGGGAUUAAAGUCGAAAUUUCGAGAUUCAAAAAUUGACAUGAUGUCAAUAAAGUGGAAAUUUAGAGAUUAAAGUCGCCAUGAAAAAAGUCGAAAUUUGGACUUUUUUAAAUUUCGCUUUUUAAAAAUUUUGACUUUAAUCUCAAAAUUUCUAACUUUAAUCUCGAAAUGAAAAUUAAAAAAAUCUUCCUCCUGUAAUUAUUUUUUGUUGACACAAUCCAGAAGGAGCUUUAAGUUGAGUCCUUUCAGGUAAGGGUCACUUCAAAUGAUCUACUCGACGAAGCCUUUUUUUGACAUUGAUAAAAAAGUUUGUGUGAAGGUGAUCACUACAGGACCCUGCUUUUGGGCAAUGUUUGAUAAGUGAUAAAAUCGUGUGAAAAAACACAGAUAAUGGCCUUUGAAAUCAGUCAAUUAAAGCAAAAGGGAGCCAAUGAUGAGAUGUCAGACAUGACACACUACCAUCACUAUCAGGAGUUUGUAAAAGAAGUGUUUUCAUCAUUUUACUACGAGUCCAAGAAAAUUGAGUUUUUUCAGCCUGGUGGUGACAGUUUUCAUAGGUUUACUUUUACUUUGUUAAACAUCUUAAAUUUUUGCUCCCAGUCAAACAUCUGCAUGUAUGUGGUGUGUUUAAAGUAAAUCCAAAUUUUGUGUAGUUUUGUCCUUCACAAGAAGUGAUUUCAUUUGAACAGCGGUGUUAUACUCCCCUCUGAGCUGCUCUUUUUUCACAUCAUGAAAACUAUUUUGCCUUUUCCUUCUGAUCAGAAGCUGUCAAUCCGACUAAACUACUAAAUAUUUGAACAGGAGAGGGAGCAGCAUCAGGCCUUUUUGAUAACUAGUCACUGUUUGUAUGUUCACUUGAUAUGCACAGAGCGACUGCAGUAAACGCCACCUAGCCUCUGUAAAAACUCAUCUGGCAGGUGGGGUUCUGAGGUUAUGGGCGAGUUCACAAGGUGUCAAACCCAAUUCUCCAACAAAAACUCCAAAGCGACGACCAGAACAAACAGGUUAGCCCAUGUGACCAAGGACAACACCACCUAUCUUUGUUCACACAUGUGCAGCUCACAAAAAUAUCUGUGUGCGAGGAGGGAUAUGAAAAGGAAGCUUUAAAGAGACAAAAGAGGAGGGUGACAGAGAAGGAGUGACUGCGGGAGAAAAAAAGGAGGAUUUUGGAGAGAACUGAGAGCGGGGUGAAAACAGAAUUUUGAUGUCAUGACAUAUGAGAGGAAGCGAAAGUGAGAUGGCAGACGCUCGGUUCAUUUGAUGUUCAGGAUGCUGACACACAGCAGGAAACAGAAGGAUUAGGGAGAGUUUCAGGGAGGGUGUCACAGCUUUAAGCAGGCUGCACACAUGCAUAUUCACGCUCAGGAACAUAGUCAAUUCCUAUUAAAGUAUUCUCUGCCUGGCGUUCUUUUUGGACUACUUAUGGAUCCCAGAUUGUCUUAUGUGAGCCUCCUCUUUGUGCUCGCUUCUGUUAUUGUUCCAAAUCAAUGCAAGACUACAGAGGAUGGUAUAUUUUUUUUGUUUGUUUUUGUUUGAGAGACUUUAUGAUGCAGACUAGUUUGAAGGGAUUCACUUUUUUCUUCCUGGACACUCGAACCAUGGUAGACACAAUCCCCAUCAUUAUUUUUGUUGUUGUUGUUAUUAUUAUUAUCAUUAUUAUUAUUAGUUAUCAUUGAUUUACUUCCCCCAUUUUUUUCUAUUUGUGCGUGACCCAAACCUAUGAAAUCAAGGACACUUAUGUUGGACCCCAAGACAAACAAAAAGGGCUCCAAUGUCAAGAUAGAGAUCCAACCAAAAAUGGCUCCAUAGCGCCCCCUACAAAUUUUCAAAAUGUAAGCCUCCCUUCUGUGUUGGACCCAAAGACGAACAAAAGGAGAAUGCGGUCCACAGAGGGGGCAGAAGCAAAAACCAACUGACGUGGUCAACAUCUCAAGUAUGUCAACUCACACAAUGUCACUUCAAAAAUACUGAACUAUCCCUUUAACUAAGUUUGUACUUAGCAUGCAGCAAUGUACAGCUGGGACACGCUACGUUAUCACGACAUUGUGCUUUGAGCUUUGAUUUUUUUUUUGCUCAUAAAUCUGUAGCAGUCUGUUGCACAUCUGUCUGCUGUCUCCACGGCUCUAUUAAUGUGACUUCUGUGGUGUCAAGGAUUCUUCGUCAGGAUAGUCCUUAAAAACAAACUGACUUACAAACUGCAAAGAAACACCAAAAGAAGUAGGAUACAUAGAUUUACUUUUUGGUGUUGGGGUGUGUUGUGUGUAGAGUCCAGCCUUUAUUCUAAUGUUCAGUAUUUAAAACUGCAGAAGUCUGAAAAUGUGCACGGUAGUUGAAUUUCGAAUUUCCUGACCUCAAAACGAACCACACACUUUUUAAGCUCAGUUCUCUACCAGGAGAUUUUACUUUUUUAGACUUGAUCCUAAAGUUUUUCACUUUCAAAACUGUGAAGUUCUCAUGAGAAGUUAAAAUCAGACAAAGUGAAUAAAUGCUGCAUAAGGUAAAUCUUUUCAGGUCUUAAAUGCUUACCCUCAGGUCUCCACCACAGACUGCUUUUUCAUGUUCUUAGCUCUUUAUGCAAAGGUGGAAGUGCGGUCAAUUAUUGCUUUUGCCUGGGAUUAGAGAAGAUAAAAAGGGGAAGGAAAGCAGGGUCAAUAAUGGUCAGUAUGUUUUUUUUAUCUUUUAUCAUAAGCAGUCUUCAUUUAGGUCCAAAAUAUAUCAAAAAAAUCCUGCAGUAUGAUGCGCUUCCUGGCAAGCUUCAAUAUUUGUAGCAUGAGCCAAGGCAGGCUCUGUCGGUUUUGUCUCUCAUUUUCAUCUCUUAAGAAGUUCAAAGUGGUUUGCUGAUACCAAUAAUUAUGCAAAAUAAGGGUAAGUUCUUUGCCCUCCUGAUUGGUCAUGCCAUAAACCUCGACCAGGCUCUUGUCGGCCGGGCUCUGAUUGUUGAUUGGUGUUGCCCGCAGUAACAUUUUAAGACCUCUGCCAAUUUAUUUGCAUUAAGCAGCCCUAACCUCCACUUUUCCCUGCUGAUUUCCUCCGCUCAUGUGCUUUCCAUUGCCCUUGCUGUGCCCCGUGGAAAAUGAGUGGCAGUGGACCGCCCUCAGCAAAUAACCACUGUAACAUUAAUCUGACAUAAAGGGAUGUCAUUGAGUCUCCACAGCCGUGAAAGAAGGAGAGGACUUAGCCACCGGAAACCACUGACAUGCUCAGCCGUGGCAGCGUAAUGUUCAGAUCACACUGUGCUCAUGUGUGUGCAUGUUGUGUUAAUAUUAAUGCCCGCAGUUAUUUGGAGUUGAAGGUACACUUUUCAGUCUGGGUGUGUUUGCACUGAUUAUAAUGUUUGGUGGUUUUUGCAGUAAAUGUCUCACAGAGCUGGAGAUGCAUUAAUCUUAAUAUGCCUCAGACACACAUUGACAUCACAUGAAGUCAGGGGGUACAGCAGCAGGGAUGUUUGUGUAAGACUUAAAUUAUUUUCUGCACUUUUUAUCCCCGUUAAGGUGCUGUGAUUACCCUGCCCGUGGUACUCCAAACCCAUAAAGCCAAGGUCAUUAGUGCUCUCUUUACACACGCAUAAACAUAACAGCAUUCUUUUUUAUCCUUAACAGCAUCACGAGGGGCCAGACACAAGCAUCUGCAGUCGCAGUUUCCAACAAGCAAUUGGAAAAGAUCCUUCAUGUGCCAAACACACACAUUCACGGAUCAAAGUGAAAUUAAAUUCGCAUUACAGCAUGCGCAGAAAAGACGCAUGUAUGUAUAUUUAAACCCACUAAAGCCCACUUCUGCUUUUAUAACAACAUACUUAUCAUAGCCCACAUGCAAAGGGUUUAUCUGUGACUGUGAUUAGAAAUUUGCUCACUUGCUGAGUUUGAUAUUUUCAGAAUAUCAGAUGUGAUUAGACGAUGUGAUGAUGCAAUGGAUGCAAACAUGAGCAGAAAAGCAGAAACCCCAAGUGAAGUCAAAGUUCAAGAGCCCGCUAACCCGCCUUCUGGGUCAAACUAGUAAAUUAAGACCAGUGUUAUGUUUUGUGUUUGACUGACGAAAUGCUCAUCAAUUUUGCAAAUCUGUUCUUCGUCCACCACCAACAUUUUCGUCUAGUCUAGUCUUGUCUCGUCAAUGUAAACGCACAUUCGUCUCAUCACAUUUUAGUCAUCUUAUGUUUAGCUCGUCAAUGUCACGUUUUCGUUGUGGAGGAAAAAGGGCAUUGACGAAAUAUUUUUGUCAAUGAAAAAAAACUGUUGUUUUAGUCAACGUCAUCAUCAACGGAAACAACACUGAUUAAGACACAUCUUAAUAUUUCUUGAUGUAAUAAGUGACACCUUUGUAGACAAAUUCAGGCUCCUGUAGCGUUCUUGAAAAACAUUUUCGUACUGUUCAUUUAAUUUUCAUUGGGUUAUAUAUUAUGCUCUCUGUGUAUAUUCUCCAACUGAUAUUAAUGUUUGUUCACUGGCCACAUUUAUCUCCUCAGAGUGCUUCACUGUAGUCUUCACACACAAUCGGCCUGCACCUCUCCAGCCCCAUCUCUCUUUUCAUUUCUCACCUCUUAUUGUCUGCUCUGUCGAUAAUACAAAUCAAAAGUUCAUUUUUUAAAGUCAUCCACAGUUCACAUUUGAAAAAAUUUCGCUCGUGAUGCCAUUACCACAUCAGGUGAUUCGCAUGUCCACAGUGAUUGUUAAUUAUAAUGAAACAUCACUUUAUCAACUGCUAGUUUAUUAAAUUGUUGCUGUUUCAAUUCAGUUAAAUUCAAAUCACUUUAUUUGUCCCCCAGGGGCGAUUUAAAAGGGCAUGGCUGCAGCUUAAAGGGACAUGCAAACAAACCACACAAUUCUACAUAACAGUAAAACACAGACAUUUAACAUUUAAAGUGCAUGUGUUUCAGUGCAUUUAUUUGUCUAAAGUCUUCCUUCGUUAAGAGGAACUACAAAACUUUGAAAGUACUACACUGCCUUUCUUUAGGGUGACAAUAUUCUGAAUCCCCAAAAAGAGGACAUGACUAUGCAGGGUGGAGUCACGCAUGGUAAAUUUUGAGGGUUUUUUGGGUUGGGUUGAGUGUUUUUUAUGCGCCUCUAACUAAGUCCAGGCUACACAAACUCAAAACUUCCGUACAAAACCCUGGACAUUCAAAGGAUUUUAUAAACUCCCCCGUACAAGGCCAGGCAGCCCCCCAAAAAAGAGGACAUGUCUGGGUAAAAGAGGAUGUAUGGUCACCCUACUUUCUCAUCAUCAAAAUCAAGUCAAAGUUCUUUUAAAGGUAAAGCUUGGACACUAUAUGAUAUUAUAUUUGACCAACUUUAAGGGGGCCAAUGCAAGCCUAGAAUGCCAGGAUGGAUUUUUUGUCCCGCUCUAACAAUAGUUGAAUAACAGAGUAUGUUGUAAAGUAAACAAAGAGAAAAAUAUCCUAAAAGUAACUAAUAAUUAUCAGAAUUAAUGAAUCUGAUUAUGAAUGUCAUCCUGCACAUCCAUUUAGCUGAUAUCCUGUAGGCCUAUUUUCCAAGAACAUAUGCAGCAUAAGAAUCUGUCAGCUAAAGACUGUGCAUAUCUGAGGGCUCUGUGAUGUAUUAUCAGGAAGUUAAAUGACUAUCUUGGUCAGCUGGAAAGUUGUAACGUCAGUCCAGUGGCUCCACCAGCCUGUUUUGCUUCUCUGCAUGCCUUGACUCUACCAGUGCAGGUACGAGAGGACUGUUGGCUGUAUGUCUCACAAUGUCCUUAUCAGUAUACAGUCAGCGGUGGACCUUUGUGGGUCAUAUAUAUGAUCCACAAAGGCUCAUUCUGUUUGCAUGACCUUGCACGCUUGAAUGGAAUCUUAAUGCAGGUCCCCAUGUGAUGUUUUAUGGAACCGCUACUACACUUCAUUUUUCAUGUUUUCUGUAUUUUUUGAAAGUAAAAGAAGAGAAAAGUUGGGUGACUUUCAACAUUUGAAGUUUGGCGUGUCGUUUUGAUGUAGUUGUAACUUUGUCAACUUUUCAGAUAAGUUGGACUUGAAAAUUUGUCAAAUAUUUUAAAAGCCUGAUCCUUUUAUGUGGUUCUCUUGUUGCAUAUUUUUAUGUCUUUUGCCUUAGUGGUGUUUCUUUUGUUGAAUUAUUCAGUGCAUUUACAUUAGUGAUAAAAAAAAAAGGUUACAUUUGGGGAGGGGAAAACCUGCUCUGGCUGACAAUGAAAGGAUCUGUAAAUACUUCAAAUCUUGUUUUACAGAAAGGGGGAAAGCAUCUCCAGCCAUCAUUGUGAUCAGCUGUGGCUUGUAUAGGUAUUGUUCAGCGAAAAUACAAUCAGUAUCGCUGAUGUUUUGAAAAGAUUGACAGCAGAGGUCGCCUCUUGCUUUGUUGUGUGUGGCUUUUUUUAUGGCAACAGCUUUUAUCAGGUGUAAGGCAGACUUGAUAGUUUAUGCAUCUGUCCUGAGUGGAGGUCAUAAGUCAGUGCUGACAUAUAGUAUAGUAUUGUAUGUGAUGACACACACAGGAAUGAACCCAGUGGAAAUACAACAAAGAGCUUAGCCACAGUCUAGACCACCGAACGCCUCAGGCCCUGUUCUCUUAAACACUCUUUUCCCUUAAUACCUCUCAUUUUCUACCUUUUAUUAUGCUCUCUCAGAAGUAAAAAGGGGGAUGGAAGCUGUUGUCAACAGAUGAAAUCCCCAAAGUGUGCAUUUCGGGGGGCUUAACAAGCCCCAAAACUUUGUUCACGCACAUAAAAGCUGGAGCCCUUUGGAUGAUUGUUAUGAAGGUCAGUGAGACAAUAGGUGUCCAUCUGUGACUGACAGCCACCAUCCAAUAUGAGUGCAUGUGUGUGUGCCUGUGUGUGUGUGUGUGUAUGACAAGCUGAUGUGCAGAAAACCUCCCGGGCCAUUUGUUUGUGACUCAACCCUCUCCAAUCUGACAGCUUAAUAUUAAAAAGCAUUCAUCCUGCAGCGACACACAGUCUGAGUUAUGGCUUCUGGCACCGUGUCUGUGUGUGUUUGUGAUAGUGUGCGUUAAAACCUGCUUGCUCAUGAUGUUUUCAGCUUAGCAUGGAUCAUAAUGAACAACAAAUUUGAAUAGUUGUCAUCCGCCAGCCACCCCCUUCCACACAUAGUGCGUGGAUGUGUGCAUACAAAUGUACCACCCUAUUAAAUGUCAGUAUUUUGGGGUGGUUGUUUCCUCCGCUAUUGAACAAGUUUAACUAUAUGUCAUCUUCCCUGUAUGUAUCAGUAUGCAGGUGUGUGUGAGAAAGAGAGAGACACGCACAGAGUGGGAGAAACUUCUGUAGAGCAUGAACAAUGGCUGUCAUCCUCCUGAUGACAGGAAGGCUGAGGAAGCUUUCCUCUAAGAUUCUCAUUCGGUUUGAUAUUCAAAUAAGCUGCUAGUUGUCCAUUAAACUAUGCUUUACAACUUCAAUAUCAAACACACAUGCAAGCACCAACAUGCACUCCACAGUUGGGCAAUAAACUCUUAUUAUCGGGACUUAAAACCUGAUUGAGUUCUUGAUAUUUCCACAUGUAUCUUCUCCAAUCUAACUAUAUGUGUUGUGAUCUGUUUCAUUUAAAGGGAUUUGAGAUAAUAAUCAGAUUUAUGAAUGUGACAAGCUUAGGACAGCUCAAGCAAACAACAGGCUCAGCAGGCACAAAAUAAAAGUCUGAGGUGUUAAGAUAUGCAAAUAUUAGAUAUGCACUGUUUAAGAAAACACCAAAGUAGAUUAUAUGUGAUUUUAACAAAUACUGAAGCUUAGAGGGAGAAAUGCAGCAUUACAGUGAAAUCGACCAAAUAAAAUGUAAUUACAGAACGCACAAAUAAGAGUGGAUUUCCACAUAUUUGAAGAAAUACAUCAACUUUUAUAAAGCAAGUAAUACACUGUUACUGGAGCUGUCAAACAAUCAGUGCCAUCAACUGGGAUUAAUUGCAGAAUAUAAAUGGCUGAUUUGGAUUCAUUACAGUUUUAAUUGCAUGUUAACACUUCAUUAUGUGGUAUUUCAAAACAGCUUCAAAUAAAACAUCAAAAAUGGCAAGUAAUUCUUACCAGUGUCAAGGUUUUAGAGAUCAUUUAGCACAUUUAAUUGCAUUUAAUUAUGAUCUUGACUUUUAGAUUACUCGCUAACUGUAACUAUAAAUGCUGCAAUGCUACACUCGUGUGAUGUGAAACCAUUAUAAAGAGGUGGGAGACAGUUUCUAAGUGCUUAUUAUUUUGUACUAGUGUUUAGUUUUGGUGAAGAUCACAUGUUCUGAAAUAUGUAGGACUGUGUGCAUAAAAUUCCCAGUCAGUAUCAAAGUGUUGCACAGUUUUUCUGAAUUGAUUGUGAAAACUCACAGUUGUCCAGUUUAUUAUAAAAGCGUGAGGAGAUCCAGUGUGGUUACUUUUUCUUUUUCACAUGAUCCUAUCGUGUUGUGUCAUUCGCGAGUGAUUUGUUCAAAAGAACCGAAUCUUUUAAGUGAACAUACUGAACCGAAUCACUUCCUCAAGUGAUUCGUUCGAUUCUCACUUCAGUUGAGCUGCAAUCAGGAACAGCAUUGCCGGGUGAGCAGCCGGCGAACGAGGGACCGCAUGGACUGAAUCACUUAGUGAAUGAAUCACACAUUGAACUACACUCUCACAACAACUUGCAUACAAUAGGACACAGCAUGUAACAGGUAGUGCAUUAAACCCGCAGCAUCCUAUCAUUGCAGCGGUUUGCGAGGGAACGGUGCAUGUUCAGUGUGAAUUCUUCUAAAUGUUUAGUGAACGAAUCACUCACUGAGCACAAUUUAGCGAGCAGACCUGAUAAAUAGCAUACUAUAGGACAGCACACUUCAAACAUCAUGACUUACAGACAAGUUCAUUUUUACGAACCUGUUUGUCCCAGAAGCUGGAAGAAUUGAACUGAAUCCUGAACCGUUCAGCUGUGUAUCAGUUCAGGAGGUCGGGGUCACAGACUCCUCCCACCAAGCACUGAAUGAUUCGGUGAUUUGGUGAACAAAUCUUUUGAAUGAAUCUUUUUAGUGAACUGAUUCUAGUGCUUCAUUACAUCUAAAAGAACUUCUGUGCGUAUCACUAUGAUGCUGAGUAUGUGGUACUGAUGGUCACCAUGACAAUAACACUGUGGUUAUCUUGCGCCAACCUGAGGAGGUCUCUUGGAUCCAAGCCACACGUCUACAGCAAUUCACACACUCCAAAUUAGCACCCUCACAACUUAAGUGAUGCAGUUGCCCACUGACGUCAGUCUGAUUAGCUGCACCUGUAUGCUUAGCGUAGGUGGUAGCUCAAAUUCAAAGUACAUCAGUGGUGUUCUAAUUCUGUUUGACACACAGAGCAUAUUAUUUUCAGCGUGUCAUGGCAGUGUAGCAGAGGCGGCGGCGUAUGCAAGUAUGAUGUGGCAAAAAGGGGGAAAAUAGGCACAUGAUUAAGAUUAAACACUCUUAAUUAUUCACCAAUUUAAUUAUGUUAUGUUCUCAUAUUUUUGAGACAUAUUUCUGUUCAUAUUUCCCUCUCACUUCCUCUGUCUCUCUUUCUUCAAACCUUCCAAACACCUCAUGUAUAACAAAGAGAAAGCCCCCCUCGCUCAUGCCUCUUCAAACACACUGAGUAAAAUGUCAUCAGAACAGUAAAGGACCUUCAAAUGACCUAGCAGAUGGGGUUUCUUAACUCGCUCUUCCUGUGUGGUACAAAGACACCGUUACAUGCGCCGCAUUUCAAGGCACCCGCGCCUGACACACAUCGCAGCUAAUGCAACUUAAGAGGCAUAGACACGAGCGCAAAUCCAACACAGGCAGGUGGAGAGUUUGAUAAAAAAACAAACACGUGAACACAGAUGGAUCUUGAUGGUGAAGUCUCUUAGAGAGCAGAAGCAAUUGAGAAAUCUUAAUUAAAAGUAAACUUUGGGCAAGAUUAGAAAGCUUGCCCUCGCUGUUAAUGAGAGCAUGCUGUUUAUGAAAUGUAAGCCUUCACAAACACAUCGGCAUGCAAAUGAGAAAGAGUUUUAAUAAGGACUUCACAAUAUGGUCUAUAUUUUUAGUAACACGCUGUACAUGAAACGGAAAUUUGACUUUUGAGAUGUGCUGUUUACGUCUUGUCAGAACAGAUCAGGUCACGUAAGAUAAAGUUCUCAAAGUUUCUCUAUUUUCUAAAAGGCAGACCAACAUUUCCAGGCGGGUUUCUCUUGAAUCUGAUUGUACCGUAUCAGCAGCUCAUAACCUCAGUCCUCUUUUAAAUCAGCAUCCGCCUGCAUCUCAAAAAUCCUUUAUCGGUCAAGCUCUGCUUUCUUCUCUACAAACCCUGACCUUAACCUGACCUUAAAGCAGAUGAACUCCUCAACAGACAGCCUUUCUACUGUCCUCUUUGCUUUCUGAGGAAAGUGCCUCACAAGUACUUCGCUAACACACACUCCACUGUGUAAACCAGCAGGGAUUUUUCUUGUGAUGAAGUUUGAAGUGAGGUUUUUUUGCUGUUAUUUCUGGUUCAGAUUUUACGAGAACACGCAGCAGCCUUAUUAGAAAAUAGGCCAGAUGUUUGGCUCCCAUUCUGUAGCUUUGAAACUCUGGGGGGGAAGAAACAUUUUGAAUUCAGAAACAAUAAAUCUAAGAAUACGAUGACAGGACCGCCUUUUACAGUUUUCCUUCGCAGCCUGAGCCGUCAGUGAGGUUUUUGGUAUUCAGGGCGCGUUUUAAAUACUGGAAAGGAUUGUUUUCAAAGGAGGAAAAAGACUUCAUAUUGGAUUCAAACAGAUAGAUGUGUCUGACAAACUUGGUUCAGUGAGGUCUCACCCAUGCGUCCCUGCCUGAGGCAGACAUCUCUACUGUUAGAUCUCUCCUUUUCCCUGUUUUCCAGAUGCAAACACGCACCCUGACCUUCUCUUACUCUUUUCAUAUCUCUUUUUUUCCCACCCUGCUUGUUUCUUUUUUUUUCUUGUACUCUCACCUUGUGUUUUUCUCUCAUUCCUUCAACGUUUCUCUCUAAAGAAAAUUAAUCUAUUCUCUCUUUAUCUCUCUGUCUUGCUUGUUCUUUUCGAUCCCUUUCCACACCUGUUCUCCCUCGCUCUCUUUCCUCUGCUGUUACACCUUUCUCCAUAAUACCGCUGCCACUCUCUGCUCCUCUACCCCCACUUUCUCGCCUUCCUCGCUCUCUCUUUUGCCUCCGAUUCCCUCCCUCUCUUCUUUGCUCGCACUCACCAAGGUCCUGGAGAGGGGAAAUGAAAAGUGCAUGUAUAUUCUGUAGUGGUGCAGUGUGGCAGCGGGAGGGAAAACUGCUGUUUUAUGGUUUUAUUUAUGGAUCUGUAGAUUUCUGGCACUGUGCACAUCACACACAGGGGGCAGUGGGGGGAACAGUGAGGGGGCCUGAUGUGAACUGCUGCUAGUACCCCCAGUGGAGCUGCAGACCAGCAAUGAGGCAGAGAAGGAUGCACGGACGCAUUUACAUAUUCAGGAGGACCAAAUAUGCAUUUCUCGUGAUCUUGCAAUCCCGUACAAACUACAGGGCAUCAAUGCAUCAAGCUUACCGAUCAAUUCUUUUAUCAUAGAUCUGGUUUUUCUGCUCUUUAGUCCCGCUGCAGACUCUUCCACAUUCCUGGCAGGGAAGAGUUUUCUUAUCUGAAGGUCAACUUAAGCCACAGCGGUGUUUGUCACCACACACUCCUCCACAAACUCAGCAGUGCCGUCAUAAACAUUUAAUGGAGGCAGCUAUCGUUGCACAGCAGAUGGUGCUAACGGUGCUUGUGCUCGCCUUGGCUCAUGUCAUGACCAAUAAAUAGCUUUAAAUAUAAGGAGGUUGGGCAGAGAAAACGAAGGACGCCGAUGUGGGAGAGGCAUAGACUGAUAUCUCAUCUGUGAUUUUAAAGAAGGCCACCUUAUUUUUCCAAUCACUGAAAAUCUAAAUCACUUUUUUAUUCCUGAGUGUGUGUGUGUGUGUGUGUGUGUGUGUGUGUGUGUGUGUGUGUGUGUGUGUGUGUGUGUGUGUGUGUGUGUGUGUGUGUGUGUGCUGUGUUUUAGAGCUGUAGGUGCCAUCUCUGCAUUGAACGUGGUCCAAAAAAUAAACUUCUUGUUUGAAUCUACCAUAGACUGCAGAUACUAUGGACAACCAGGUUCCGCCUUCCGCCAGUUUAUGGAUUUGAAGCCAGAAACCACACAGUAUUUCUGGGUUUUUUCUCUACUUCCUGAAACCAACAUUGCGCAGUGGCGUUGUUCGCACUCCGCCACUUAUGCAGUAGCAAUGCACGCAUUCGGCGGGAGAGUCACCGAGAGUUGCUGUGAUGACGCUCCGCUCCAAGAGCGUAUCCCCCGGGUGGUGAAGGUUUUUUUUGUAUGAUGGUAGGGGAAGGUCCCGCCCUACUUCGCUUCUGAUUAGCUAGAAGUGCUGGGCUCUGAUUGGUUAUUCCUAAUGGCUGUGAAACAUCAUCGUCUGUUGGGUUAGGGUUAGGAGAUUCAGAAGUGUGAUAAUGUUCUUUAAUGUUCUGUUGGAUGUACAGAGCCGACAGCCCGCGUUUGGCUUGAGCAUGCGAUGACGUUUCCAGCUUUUCUAGCCAAUCAGAGGCGAAGGAGGCGGGACUUUCUCCUACCAUCCUACAAAAAAAAAAUAUCGCCCCCGGGUGAGCUAUGCAAUGUUCGUGGGCCCAUAGGCUGUAUCAAGUGUCAAUCAUAGAAAACAUGAACCCCCGAAUAAUUUUAAAAAUGGAGCUGUACAAAAAAAAGAGGACUUGAGCACAAACCAGUCUUACAGUAACUACAUGUCAACAUCGCAAGCAGGAGGAGAAAAAUUCAUCUUCUGUGUAAUAAAUUUCUAAACUUUGUCCACAACUCCAUAGGGAUUGUUGGAGAAGGCGGGAUUUAUGACCUAAAACGGCAGCAUCCAUUAUACAGUCUAUGGAAUCUACCUAUAAAUGAAAAAGUUAACAAAAUAAAGACUUGUCCUCUGGAAGAGGAAGAUAAAAUGUUGCUUUAACCAAAGUCUUGAUUGGUCUGCAAACUUCAAUCAUUUCCAUUUACUCCAAGACUGUUUGGUGCCUUAGAUGGCACAAGGCCCUCAUAAUAUAUCUUUAUUACUCCUGUGCUUUUAAGUAAUCUCAUGUCUUUCUUUAAACAAGAACAAGUCCAUUUAUUUCAAUAAUUUACAGUAGCCUUCAGCAGGUGGUGAGAUAACAGAAGAAUCUCCUCGAAGCACAGUCAUGCAUUCCCCUCAUUUCAGUAAUUGGACAGCUCAGUAUUGAACAAACAUGAUUUAUAGAAGAUGAUUUUCUCUCUCGAACUGUGAAGCGUGAUAAAAUUUGAUAGCACGCUGCUCUGAAGGAGUGGAGGCUCUUUCCCUCUGACUGAAUGAGUUCAAUUUGCCCUCAGAUGACAUGUCUGGUUAAAAGAGGACAUGUGAGUGAUGUGAAACACAUCCUGGUAUAACGGGCGGAGAAAAUCAUCUGUUUAUUUGUCCCGGAGUACCUGGGAUCAUAGAGAGUUACUCGGUGUUGUUCUUAAGUCGUCAAGUGUCAAAUUUUACAGCCAUUGCCAGAUUUGAUCCUUCAUUACAAGUGAUUAGAGCAGAUUAGCAUAAAUAAACAGAACGCUGAAUGACUGGAGGAGUAGUUUUACUGGCCUUGAUACCAAUCAGUAUCAUAUGACAGGAGCUGUAUUUACACAGAGUCUGUUAAUCCAAUUAGAAGCGUGUCAAAGCCCAAGCAGAGUAAAAAUGCUCCAUAUAAAUUCUUAAUCAGAGGGAACUGUCAAGUUUAAUGCAGAGGGGCAGAUUAACCCUUUCUGGCCACUUUGUCUCUGUAUUGAUACGAAUGAUUGGAUACAACACCAAUUCAAUGAGAGUUUGGAUUUGGUGUCUAAAACUUAGAUAAAAACAGAAUUUUGUGGUUUGCAAAUUUUACAUGCUGUAACAGUCAUGAAUGUACGAGCAACUUUGGAGAAAUUCAGAGGCAUGGACGCUGAAAAUCUUUGGCAUGCGUCCAUAAAAGAGACUUCUAACUACAGUGCUGAACAGACAGGAGAGAUCUGAUCAUGUGCCAAAGAGUUAUCACUGAACACGUUGGUGUUGAAAGCAAGUCCUUGAGGUAGAGAAGUAUCCUUCAUUUCUGCACAUGCCUCACAGCUAUUCAAAUGAGAUGAACUGAUGUAUGCAAACACCAGACUGUAUCGCAAAGAGACAGUUUACCUUAAAACUAAAAUUUGAAUAAUUUUAUGAGAAAAGUGGAAAAAAACUAUUUUGAACCAGUUACACCAUCAUUCUUUAAAUGAGGUUAACUGGUGUUUAGUGGUUGACCUAUGGAUCCAAAAGGAGGCCAGGAAGCAUUGUAAACAUAAAUGAAGUAUUGUAAACAUAAAAGUAUAUAAAUAAUCACUUAAUUAUUAAAAAUUAGGUAGUUUUUGCUUUUACAUUUUUUUUGCAAAACAUUCUUUUGGUUUUACAAAACUUUUUCUGCACUUACAAAACAUUCUGGCCUCUCUUUGAUGUGGGGGCGGAGUUAAAUGAUUGGCGUGUCAAUGGGGGUGGGGUUAGAUGAGUGGCGUGUCGAUCGGGGCGGAGUUAGAUGAUUUGCGUGUCUAUAAGGCAGGGUUAGAUGAAUGGCGUGUCUAUCGGGGCGGAGUUAAAUGAUUUGUGUGUCAAUCGGUGCAGGGUUAGAUGAUAAGCAUGUCUAUGUGGGCGGGGUUAGAUGAGUGGUGUGUCUAUGGGGGCGGAGUUAAAUGAUUUGUGUGUCAAUCAGGGCGGGGUUAGAUGAUUUGUGUGUCUAUUCGGGCAGGGUAAGAUGAUUAGCGUGUCUAUGGGGGCGGAGUUAGAUGAUUUGCAUUUCUAUUGGAGGCGGAGUUAGAUGGUUUGCAUUUCUGUUAGGGCGGGGUUAGAUGAUUGGUGCAUCUAUGGAGGCGUGGUUAGAUGACUGGCAUGUCUAUUCGGGCGGGGUUAGAUGGUGUGUCCAGCAUCAGUUUUUAUAAUGGGUGAUGCCACAAACCAUGUUGGCCAAUGGCAGAUAUAUAAUGCUAAUACCGUAACAUUGAUGUUCAUCGACAUCUGAUAAAAAUGACUAAUAAUCAGAAGAAUGCAAACAAGGAAAUACAACCUUUAUUACAACCUAUUUUAUUAUACGUUAUCAUAUUGUUAUAUUAUUCUUUUAUAUUAUUGUGCUCUAUUUAAUUACUGUACACAGAUACAGCACAGAUACUUCCAUAGUAUCUUAUCAGUGCUUGAAAAGGCCUAACAUAGCAACCUUCAUGACUUCUUGAAAGUUUCUUUUUUUCUGAGAGGCAAAAAUAGAGCAGCAACAGUCCUCUCUCCCUUUCAAAACUGGCCCAACCACAUAUAAUUCCCCCCUCUACCUGUCCGCUGCAGUGUGUAGUAGCUAUCUGCCUGCGAGUCUCCUCUCUCCUCGCCCACCCUCUCUCCUGGGUAAUUUGUUGUGUAAAUACGGUCUACUUACAGCUGACGGGCCCUUUCGGCUGUGGCGCUGGAAAUGCAAUUACAGGCAGCAAACAUCUCCAUUGUUGUCACUGGAGGGUGCGACGCUCAUUUCGGCCCCCUCUGCAACGGGGGCCGUUAUUGAUCGGUAUCAGCUUUGAGGAGGGGAUUACUAAUGAAGCCAUCUGAAAGCCUUUUGUACUCGGUAAAGAGCUUGCACACGCAUGCGUGUGUAUGUGUGUGUAUGUUAGUUAAUGGAUGUGUGUGUAAGAGGCAGACAGAGAUAAUGUGUGUUAGUGAAUGUGGAUGCCUCUCUGCUUUCCUGUUGCACAUGACUUUUGUAGUCUCUUUGUUGUGCUCUGCUGCCUCUGGUGGUGGUUUUGUUAAGUGCAGGAACAAUCACUGUUUUCUGGAAAUAAGUGUAUCAGAUAGUACAUUUUAGCUGAUGUUAAGAAAAUCUUUAAAAUUUAUCAAUGCAGAUCAUCACAGAAAUCUGUACACUGACAUACCAGCACCAUAGACUACAGAAAACCAUGGACAGAACAAGAGCUGUCCCAAAUGAAGCCAAAAGUAUAAGAGCUCCUCCUGGUGGCUGGUUGCAGUACAAAUCUUGAAGAUUAUCUCUAAUACAACAAAAAAGAACAGGGACCACUCUAAGAAAAUUAAAAAAACACCUCAAAGUUCUCUUAAAUUUGUUUUUUGUUAUAUCAUGCUUAUUUGUGUGCAAGAGUUUAAGAGUACAUGUUUAUUAGUUCUGUUUGCAGGGACAAGAUUGAAGGACAACUUUGGUGACCAAUGAGACUCUUGCAAUGUUCUUACCAGAGUAGCAAAUAACAUGAGAAAUGGUGAAAAACUCUAACAUCAAAGGAUCUUUUCUGUUUUAUUGGUGUUAGAUAUGUGAGAUCUACAGCUCCUCCAGCUGGCUUGCUUCUGCACAUGCCUUGAAUUCACCAGAGUAAUAUGUCAGCCCUGUCAAGGGAAUAUUUUGGCAUCACCUUUUAAAUUCAAGGAGAUGAAGAGCUCCCUGUCCAUGUUAGAAUACAGUCCAAUAACUGCCCUCUUCCCCUCUGUUUUCCCUGAUCUGAGGCAGCCCUCAUGGCUCAGCUGGUGUUUUCUACAUUAGCCUGUAGAGCAAAAACUUCAGGGCAGCACUUAAACACAGUCGGACAUUACUCUCAUCCACCCAUAGCGUGGUAGCUGUGCCGUGUACUGACUCCACAACAAACCCUCAGCUUCACAUGGAGCUUAUUUUCCUCCCCAUUCUGAGUCACUGUUGCUUAAUAUCAAGCCUGUUGUGUGGCAGUCUUUGAAGCAGAAAACUGCUUUUUGUACGUUUGAUGUGCGUGCAGCUGCCUGCGGACAAAUGAUUCGCCUCGUUCUUCGCUGUCUUUAUUGCUUUGUGUUUAAUUUUGCCUUUGCAUGAAGUGAUUAUUUUUGCAUAUUCAUAUAGUUCUUGAAAUGUAAUGCUUUGACUGUCGUGCACGUUCUGGAAGAUGUUGAAACAAUGCAAUUAUCAGGCACCGUUUUAGGUUAAUAGUGUGCAAACUACAGUGAUGUUUGAGGUGUUUUCUGAGCUGAAUCGGGUUUUAAUAAUUAGUCAAUCUCUGCUGUAUUAGAAAGUUGUAUUUCAUUGUUAGGCCCAGAAAUAUUAAAGGAAUAUUCUGGUGUAAAAUGAAUUUAGGGUCAAACACACUGUAACACUGAGUUAGACGGAUUAGAUUUCUUUAUCAUUUCCUUGAAGUAAUAAUCACCAUAUUAAUCAUUUUUCACUGCAGACGCGUGGGUUCUUCUGCCUUAGUGUCUCAGUCUGAUUACAUUUCCAUGAGGAUAUGAUUAUAAAUGUUCUUCCUUGAGCUGUGUCACCCCACAGCAGUCCGUAAUGGACUGGCCUGAGAGCCCGCUACAAACAAGCGGCUGCUGGAAGAGAGUGGGUGAGUUAUGUUUAGUCUCUAUACAAGUCCAAGUCAGGUGCUGUUCUGAGCAUUAUUUGUGGCUAUAGAGUGGCGUGUCAGUUGAGGUUUGUGUGUGGCUCCUCAGGUCGCUGUGUAUUGCUAUCGUGCGGUCGUAACUAAAGUUGGUAUAACUAGAGAAGCAAGCAGUCGGCAACACUUAUCUCCCGAGGGGGUGUCUAACUCUGUGUUACGGUGUGUUUGACCCUAAAUUAGUUUUAUGCCAGAAUAUCCCUUUAAUUCUGAGUAUCUUGCUCAAAUGUCUGUUAACUCUGACCCUACUGCGCCCAACCACCAGGAAUUUUAGAGCUUAACAAAUGCAUAAAAACAUCAACCAACUACUUAAGUUUCCAAGUCUUUGUCAGACAGUCUCUUUUGUUCGUUAUUCCUCUAUGAUCAUUGAUUUAUCCCCUUGUCUUCACCAAAAGGGUCACUGAGUAGAUAAGAAUAUAGUUCUUAAAGAAAGGGCUGUUAAAAUCAAAAUAUCCAGAAUACAGUGUACAGUUAAACCACUGUCAUGCAACUUUACUUCAAUAAGCCAGAACUAUUUCUUUAAAUUCAACAUAUUAGAGGAUAUGAUGAAAUAAGUCUGAAUCAUGCUAGUUGUGGUCUCUACCUAUUAGAGCCAAAGUGAUCUAAUCAUGUAGAUUUAGUGCAAGAGACUUAGAGUACAUCAAUACUAAUCAACAAUAACCAACAAACUUUAAAAUUGACUAUUAGUGUACACUCUGUUGGUGUUUGAAUGAAAUGAAGAAACAAGCUGGCGCCUUUUAAGGUCAUUCGUCCAGAAACAAUGUAUUCUGCUGAGCAGAUGGCAAUGCCUGUCCCACAAAUGAAAAUAAAAUAGAGUCGCUAAUGGGGUGGAAAUGAUUGACGGGAGGAAACACAACCUCAUCAGGCCCACCUAGCUACAGCUGUGCUUUGUGCCACUCAAAGCGCUAAUCCUCCAACUCAUUUCAAACACUGCUUAUGGCCCACUGACACCAGGCAGGCAGCCCAGAUAAUUAGAUCAAGAUGGCUGGGAAAAGUAAAGUCAAUGCUCACAGCAGCCAGGGGUGAGAGAGCUGAGCGGCGGAGUGCUUCAUAAGAAGACAUAAACAUGUACGCUUCAGAGAAAAUCUGCUCUGAAUUAGAGCCACAAAAGCGCCUUUUUUGACUGUGAAGAAAGCAGAAUUAUAGAUAUGCUGACUUGUGUGUUGCCAGAUAUAAUCAGAAAUAUUUUAUUUUUAAUCUUCUGCAGACUUUGAAAUAAAACUGGCAUAUAAAUGUGAAUCAAAAACAAAGUCUUUUCAGGUGUGAGGGUCUCUGUCUCUCACAGGCUAAUUCACAGAAUCGAUAACAAGGAGCAACAUCAUGUAACAGUAAGGCAGCAGCCAGGAAAGAAACUGCUGUUCCUGAAGUGUCCACUAGAGGCUGACGCUCAAUUACAGCUCUUGUUAAAAUGCCCUUUUUUAACAGAUAAACAUGCUUGCAGUCUCAUGACAUGACAGGGUUUUCGUCUUUACACAGCUCUUAAUAAUUGCACAUUUUUAAUGUAUUUGUUUCUUUUUCUUUUUUUUUUUUUAAUAAUUGAUCUAUUUUGUUGUAAUUAAGGUUAAGAGUAAGGUAAAAAUGUGGGGUUACUAUUUUGGCUGAUAUUGUAGCAGCAGUUUGCUAUGAACGACUUCCAGAUUGGACUUCCCUAAUACCAGGUUGCGUUGUCAGCUGUCUGACUGGCAGCUUGAUAACUCCAUAUUGAGUUAUUUCAUUUCAAGAAAUGAAAUAUGGGAUGAAAUUGACGGCUGGACUCGCAAUCACAUAGCUGUUCAUGGGCUUAGAUUUGUGCUAAAUCCAUCCACUACUCUAUCCGUUAUCUGUACCACCACCACCCCUGUAGGAUCAGGGGGGCUAGGGCUGGCAACCUCUAGACAGGUUGGGAGUCAAUCACGGGGAUUAAAGCUAAAUCAUAAAUCUGACAAAAAUUAGACGACAUCCCCAUGAGUUUCAGGAUUGUUGUAUGUUUGAUUGUUUUGUUUUUCUCAAAUCUGCAAAUAUAGGUUUGUAUUUUUCUUAAUAUUUUGUUACUUUCUUGACUCAAUAAAUUACAAAAACAAUUCUUAGUGAGUUUCAACAUUAGGGUCUAAAACAAAUCCUCGUUUAUACAUAUUACUCGUAAAUUCUUGACCAAAUACACUCUCAAUAGGAGAAUUUGCUCCCUCUAAUCUGCACAUAUCUGUUUCCUGGUUUGACCACUAGAUGGCAGUGUUAGCCAGCUGAUUUUAAUCAUGUGGAGCAGCCACACUCAAAAACAAAACAAUGAAAGAAAGAAGAGAACAAUAUUCACAAGAUUUGAAUGAGUGUAAGUGACAGUAAUAUGAUAAUGACCAUUUGUAAAAGGCCAGAAAUAAAAGUAAAUACUAAAGCCGCUGCAAAACAUUAAAAACCGACUACUAUGAUAUUCAGGUGACUUUACAAAUGAACUGGGCUUCAUUCUUUGAAACUCUACAACAUUGUCGUCCUUAAAGAGCUUGUCCCCUUCGUUGUGCCAGUCAUUAAAAGUACUGUGACUCCUACACCUCAGUGGUCACCUCUCCUGUUCGUGGCAGCUCAAUGGUUCUCUUUGAGAGGAUUUGGUAGCACUUCACUAAGCACAACGUGGGAGUACGCUCAGGGGCCCCUGCUUAUUAGGCUCUGUGAAUGUGUGUGGUUUUAGCUGUAAACCCUGCGUGGCCUCAGAUUGCUUCGUCAGGGCCAAGUUGCUUUGGUCAGACGUGAAGCAGCGUCAUGUGGACCACCUCGUUGUGGUCAUGUCGGGACACCAGACCACAUCCUCUCAUAAAUCUCAGACACUAUCCAGACUGAAAACCGAUUAUCAGCUUAACUCAAUAUCAAAUUCAACUUUGUAACUCUGUCUGUAAUCAUGUCUUUGUCUAGAUAACCAAGUCCUGCAGUUUGGGAAGCUGGUGAGCACCUCCAACGCCUAUGAACCUGUUGCACCUGGAAAUCCCAGAAAGCCUGUCACAGUGACGACAGACCAGCCUCUGCUUUGGAGUAUGGGCAUUUACAAGGAUGGGGAAUGACACAAGGGAGCACCAACCUUCCUGAACUCUUUUCACAGCUGAGAUUUCUCAAGAUCAUCACUAGUUUUACAUGUUAGUAAGAUUACAUGAGGCAGUUUUCACAUUUUUAUGAGUAGUGAUAUCAUCAAAUCAGGAGAAGAACUUCUACAAUUAUUGCCAAAGAUUUUUCCACAUUAUUGUGACUAUAUUAACACGUGCAUGAAAAUCCAGCACUCUAACUCAAAAUGAAUCACUUAUUAAGUAUUCAGUGACAGUUUGAGGAAAGAAAACUACAGUGAGUGAAGUCACCACAGUGUAUCUUACAAGUGCCACCCUCCACUUUGUGCCUUCAGCAUCUUCUAUCAAGACUUCUCAGAACAACAACAUGUACAAUCUGUAAUGUAUGAGGUAAAAAUACAGUACACCAUCUUCACAUUAUCUGUGCCUUUGCUGGAUUUAUUCUGCUUUUCUCAGUCAGAAAAAUAAAUAACAACCAAACUAAUGGGAGCAGCGUGUAUUGAAUAAACUGCACAUAUCUGAU